AUGGCAGCGGGUGAAGCCAGUGUGGAAAGCUAUUCUUCUGCGUUGCAGAUCCGGUUGAAUGGCAAGGUUAGGAAAGCAAUGAGGAACCUCUCAAAUUGGGUGAAACUGGGUGACUCCUCUGCUCUUGAAGGCAAACUUCUCUCGGGUUGAUUUGCUUGGCUGUUCUGCAGGAUGAAUCUGUCUGCAGGUAAUACACCCAACAUUUGUAAUGGGGGUUGGAAUGUAUUUUGUAUUGCUGUGUCCUAAACACAAGGAGUUUUAAUCUGCUGAAAUCACUUCAGAAUACUGAGACUAAAGCCUUAAAAACAACAAGACACCAAAUGAAGAAUUACCAGUAAAUAAAAACAUUUUUGGUCUUUUCGGUCGGCUUUUCAAUGAUAAAGGAUGCAGUUUUGUGUAAAUUUAUUUCAGUGUAAUCCCUGUUAGAACUUACCUAUAAGUUAACAUGUGUAGGGUCAGCUGUAGAAGCAAGUAGCUAGUAUCCCUGAUGUUCACAAAUGUAUGAGUGUGGCUUUAAUUUCUUCAUACGCUACAUAUUAACGUUCAAUUUAACUUACCAUUUAUCCAUUGUUUGCAGACGCAUAGAUCACAAAUAGCUGGCUUUUGUCGAGUUCUUAAUUUGUUUUUCACAUGCACAAAGCUUUCUCUUUCCCUCACACUAAUUGCUAGCAGGAAAUCUUAAUGGCUAGAAUGGCAUCUUUUCCCACUCAUGAAAGCAAUUUCCUGUGAGCAUAUAGAUGGUGGAUCUUGACUGCAGCUAUGCUUGUGAAUCUCUUAGGCUUUGGAACGUAAUCUGGCGGCCGCAGAAGCCGUUAAAUCUGAGCCCCACAAUAUACUACUACCUGACAUAUUUUGCAUUAGUAAAAGUGUUCCAUGAGUGAAAGAAGAGGGUUCAAAUGAGAAGGCAAUUGUGAAUUACAAGACUGGUUAGAAAGAGAGACUAUAUUCCUGUGGCUACAACCGUGGGAGCCUGCCGUUUGGUGUGUACGCUUAUUCUACUGAAGAGAGCGGGACUCACUUUCAGAAAACAUGCAUAGGAUUGCACUAUGACAGGGCUAGUCAAUGUGCUGUCUGGAUUCCAACUCUUGCCAGUCCCAAGCAACAUGGCUAAUGGUCAGCGAUGCUGGUUGUGGCUGAAGCUGCUGGGAAUUAUAGUCAAAACAUUUACUGAGCACCAGGUUGGGGAAGACUGUGCUAACAAAUUAGCUGGAUGCCUGUUGUUUGGCAAAAUAUCCUAAAACGUGUGCGUUUGCUUAUCAAUUUGCAUAGAUUUGCUCAAUGGAGACUGCUUUUCUCUUUUUAUUAUUGGGGGGGGGUUUGCUUUUCAGGAAGUCUUUAGAGAGAUUUAAGAGGUGAGAUUAGUGUUCAGGUGGCUUCUAUUCUGCUUGUAUAAUGUCGAACAGCAAAUGAGCUCUCUUGUAAACAAAGCUCUGGAAUGGCUGAUUAAAACCAUUUGUAUUUUAUUUCAAAUUUGGCAUCAUGACUAAGAAACACACGCAAUAGUAUUUUUAUUGUUAUAAUAGUAGUUAUCAAUUCAACUGAGAAAAGUGGGUUUUCAUCCUGCUUAUUUUGACCAAGAUUAAUGCAUCAUUGAGAUGGUGGCAACUGUUUGCGGUUUGGUCUGAUAAAACAUCCCACAGCAGUGAUGUGAUGUGCAGACGUUCUGAAAUGUUCCAAGUUUGGUUAAUGAACAGGUACUAAGGCAGAGAUGGGAAAGCCAUUGCUUUCCUAUCCUUGGCCUAAGAUGUCUUAAAGGAAGUCAAGGAGUUUGUAUGGAGAACCCGUUGUGGUUGUUUGUGAGAUCAGAUUAUCAUCGGCGUGGAAAUUUAAAUCUGCGCUCAGUUGUGAGCAGGCUAAACAUGCCUCUGUCUAACCUACUUCAGAGGGUGUGCCUUCAGAUGGAUAGCUUCCUGUAUGCCUUCUCAGGUCUGCUUGGAGGGAACGGGAUACAAAUGAUUAUUGCCAUAUCUCUCUCGGAUUGCAAUGUGGUUUGUAAUUGCUUAGAGUUCGUAUUGUAUUGAGAAAACACACACACGCAAUAUAUAUCUCUGUGUGUGCGUGCAUGUUGCUGCUGAUUUGAAUAUGCAACAAUUAAAAACAGACCCGCAGAAAUAUCCAGCGUUCUCUCCCUAAACCCCAGAAAACACUGCCAGAUCUACUGUAGGAAUUAAGACAUGGCCAAAUAGCACCAUCUUCUGGGCAUUUAGGGUUUGAGAUCCAUAUUUCACUCUCCUCCACCAAAAUUUAUUUCUGUCCAUAGCUGUUAAUUUUUCCCUUUUCUUGCGAGGAAUCCUAUUCGGAAUAAGGGAAUUUCCAUUAAAAAAAGGGAAACGUUGACAGCUAUGUUUCUGUCUGUGACUUAAAAUCUCCUUUUUGUACCCUUGAAGUGUAAAACAAUAAAUAUCUCCCCCCUACACUACCUUCAUGUUGGUAUAUACUUGACUUAACGAUCUAAUGUGUAUUUCUUUUCCAUUGCUUUUUAGGUCUCCGACUCCAGUUCUGAAAAGUUGUUCAACACUGUUGCAAACAAAGGUAAGAGUAUAAUCUUCCCAGAUCUGACUCCAGGCCUGCCUGCCUGCCUGCUGCAUCACAUCUUUGUAUGUGCAGUCACAAAUUAAACCAAAGGUUUUGUGCUCAGAAUCUCCAGUAUUUCCUGAGACUCUCCCAGCUGUUUGAUAUUUUUGAGCUAUUCUGCCGAAAAAGUAUUUUUUAAAAAAACGUUAGAAAUCUACACAACACACCAGCACCACACAUAUAUUUUAAACAUGAUGGUACCACUAUAACAGUCAUGGCUCCCGCCCAAAAAAAGGCAUCAUGGGAGCUGUAGUGUUAUUAGGAGGCACCUAAUUCCCCUCAUAGAGCUGCAAUUCCCAGAGUUUCCUGGGAAGAGGGAUUGUUAAACCACUCUGGGAAUUGUAGUUCUGUGAGAGAAAUUGGGGGUCUCCUAGAAACUCAGCACCCUUAAGAAACUACAGUUCCCAGCUGUGACUGUUAAAGUGGGUAUCAUAGUGCUUUUAAUGUAUGGUGUGCUUAAAACCUUUCAUAAAUUAUAUCUGGAUGGCCAGGCAUGAAUUCAUAAUAUAUUCAAAAACAGCAUUAAAAAGGCUUCAGUUUUGAGCUCAUUUCAAUAACGUGUCGAUUUGGGGAAUGUUUAAAUAUGCUUUGCCUCUUGAUCAGCUUGUGUGAUGGAUAGAGAAUUAUGAAUAGCCAGUUUGUAGGGCAGGCAGUUACUGUUACAUGAUACCUGGAAUGUGUGUGGCAGCAGUUGUUACCUGCAUCUUUGUCUGGUGGGAUCAGUCAAUAAGAGGCAGACAGAAACAUAGUUUUAACAAAUUCCAUUAAUUCCUUCCAAAUGUUUGUGUUUAUAAUGGAGAUCAUAGCAAGCAUUGCAGUGGUGCUUUGUGGGGUCGGAAUUUUGCAUGCAGUGUUCUGAUUUUUGAUUAUGAUUGUAUGGAGGCUGGUAAGUUGGUUAAUUCAUGUGGUGAGACUCCUUUUAACCUCUGGUUUUCUCAUCUCUCGUGGAUUUUGUUGAGCCAACGAAGUAGCAUAGAGAGGGCAUUCUUUCGCAGAGUAUUGUAUCCUGGAAAAGUCUGGCAGCCUUUGUAGAGGUGGGGCUGCAUCUUAAUGGUGGAAUGCUUUGCUUGAUCCCUAGUAGCUCCAGUUUAAAAGGUUCAGGUGAUGGGAAGGGCCCUUCCACAUGAAACAAAACACAGGAGAGCUGUGGGCAGUCGAAGCAGACAAGAUGCCCAUAAUCUACUCUAGGUGAACCAGUGACCUGUCUCAGUAGAAAGUGGAUUCAUACCUUGAGAUGCCUAUACAGGCAAUGCCAGGAACAGCAAAUGCACAGUUUAUUUAAGGGCAGAAUAAGCUUCGUUUAUAUACUUAAAACUGCCGAAGCCAUGCGGAAACACCUUAUUCUUUUUGGCCAGAAGUUCCUCUUCUUCACCUUUAACUUUGGGCAGGUCAUGCUUCAUCAUAUCAUCCUCUCAGAUACCCCUAAAGUGCUCUUGGGUUUGAACCUGUUAGUUACUGAACUAGGGCAGAAGCAUAAAUGAAUGAUCAUUGUAUAGUAGAUAAGAACUAGUCACUCCUACAGAGAAACUGCCACCGAUACAGGAUGUAAACAAGGAGCAAUGCAUGUGUUGUGCUCCUUUGACAUUAUUAUUAUUAUUAUUAUUAUUAUUAUUAUUAUUAUUAGUGGGGUGUCUGAUGGGGAAUUUGCGCAGUUCCAAGAUCUGCUUGAACAAAACACUGGGCUUUCAUUGCUCUUGUGUUGAAGGACUUUGUCCAUAAAUUUUAAGCAAAAUGUUGUUUCUUUGCAAAAUGGUACAAAAAUGUACUUUGGGUUAUUGGUGUGUGUGAGUGUUGAAAAAUGUAAUUAUAACCCUUCAGCUAUCACAGACCUUGAAAACCAUAACACAACCACAGAUAUUUCUUAUCUUCAUAUUUGGGGGUGAUGGGGAUUGCAGUUAAAAACAUCCUGGUGUUCAUGUGCAGACUGGUGUAGAGUCUUACUGUCUUACUGCAUAUAUAUAUAUAACAUUCUGUAAUUUGUGACCAUGAGCUAUUUGGGCUUUUUCAACACAUACACCACUUGCUUCUGAGGUGAUUUGUAAAUAUUUCUGUGCAACAGAGCACAUGGUCUUAAUUGCAGUCGCUCUUAUCUCAUGGCUCAUAUGUCAGCCUUUUCAGCACUACGGUUCCUUUCUCUCCCUUCCACUUUCACAUGCCCCCCCCCAAGUCAAAAGGCCAAACCCUCUAUUCAGUCAUAGGUACUUGGAGAUAGGAGAGGGGUCUGCAAAAUUUAGCUCAGCUUAUUAGCCCUAAUGUUCUUGCCGAUGCUCUGAUUGGGGAAAGAGGCAAAGCUCAGUGGUAGAGCACCAGCCUGGCACUAUUAAUAUUAUUUAUUAAAUUUCUAUAUUGCCCUUCAUCCAAAGAUCACAGAGGGCGGUUUACGAUAUAACCUCCCCCCCCCAAUACAUACCAUAAUAAUAAAUAGGAACGAUACCCCCCCUCGCAUGGAUGGUUCAAGCUCUGGCAUCUCCAGUUUGGACUUGAAAUGUCCUCUGCCUCUACAAAUGGUGUAGGAAUGCAGGAUUGUGCUAGGUGCAUGGAACCUACAAGAGUAGGUUGGCACUGCUGAUGGUCAUGAUGACUUGGUUGGGGAAGCUUGGUCGGAACAGAAACAAAAAGGGCUUUUGGUUUCCAGAAUAGCUUGAGAACCAUGGAUGGAUGCUUGGCUGAGAUCUUUCUAAAUAUUCCCUCUCCAAGGGAGGUGUUUGUGUGUGACACCUUCUCCAUGGGGGGCUCCCUGUUUUUGGAAUGCUCUCCCCGGCAAGACACACCUGGCGCCAUCACUACCUGCUUUUAGACACCAGGCAACAACACUUUUAUUUACACAGGCCUUUGGGUCUUAAUGUUCUCCUUAUGUUUUAGUGGGGUCGAGUUGAGUUGGAUCUUCUUUCUUAUACAUAUUUUUGAGAGCCUUACAGUUGUUCCUAAUCUUGUUUUCGUAAGUUCCUUUGAGUUUACCUUUCGGGAUGUGGGCGUGGCAAGAUGAAUGCUUCAUUGACACGGAAACCUAAUUAUUUCUUGAUUUAAGUCAUUAUCCCUCUCAAGUCUCCAAUCACAACCCUAUGCAUACCUCUGUAAAACUCCAAUGGAAUGGAUGGGUCUUGCUUCCUGUCUAAAAGAAAUGUGGGUUAGCAAACAGAUCAGUUAGUUGUUAGGAGUAUGCAAGGGGGAAAGCUUUUUAUUUUAACACUGUCACCUUCUACUAUUUAGAUACUGGUCUUCUGGUGCUAUUAUAUGUGAUCCAUAUUUCUUACUGGCAUAUUUUUAAAGAGUGACUAAGUUGUGAUGGAUUUAUUUUAUUUUAUUUUUUGUUCUCGUACGUGAUUCAUACUGCUUACUGGCUUAUUUUUAAUGUGUAGCUUGUGUUUUGUGAUGGAUUAUUCUGUGCGCACUCCCGCCCCCCCCUCCCCGGCCAGUGUCUCUCUCUAGCCUUAGGAAUAGAUGCAAGGCUUAAUGCUCAAGCCCACUCAUUAGGUCUGUGAUCCUCUUGGCAAUUACGCUGCUCCUUCUGAAAUGACUUUGAUGUAUAUUGAAUUAUAUCUAUUUUUAAUUGCAUAAUGGAGCACUGGUCCUGUUUCAUGUAUUAGCAUCCCUUUGAAGUUCUGAACUAAGGGAUUUUCCCCUCCCUACCCCUUUUUAGAGGGAUGGGGGAGAUAGAGGGGGGGAAAGCUAAAUAGAUUUAUUUGUCUUGGCAUACACAGAUGAGCUUCUUCUUACAUUGAGAAGAGGUCAAAAUCGGGGAUGGCAAGUGGGGUGGGUGGGAAGGAUGUAUUUGUUCAAACAGGUCAAAUCUCCCCACUCUAUGCCCCCCAGUAAACAUGGUGAGUGCAUCUCUAUUUUGCUAAUGCCUUCUUUUGAGUGUGUGGAAUGCAAGGAUGCCUGAUCUUGAGAAAGGAGUCAAACAGAAAUGGAAGCCACAUUUCGGAGGAAGAGACAGUGACUAGGAAGAAGGCGCUACUCUCCUUCAGAUGAGGAACAGGCAGUGAUGGAUAGAGAGGGGGCACAUUUCCCCCUUUCUCCUUUCUUCCCCCUUUCUCCUUAUUCUCUCCCCCACCCCACCUCAGGUUCUUAUUUUGUUUACUUACUUAGUUUGAUUCAUGCCAUCUCUUUGUUUGUGAAUGAACCUCACAUUGACAGGGGAGACUUGCUUCUCCUGGGUCUUUUGGGGGUUUGUGCUGGGGUGAUUUAGUUCCCAUGAAAGGAUUAAGGAUUCCUUUGUGUCAGCCUAAAGUCAACACGAGGUCUUUCUUUGCCUUUUGCUUGGGAAGCUGUACACAAAUAAGCUUCUUCUUUCUUUCUUUCUUUCUUUCUUUCUUUCUUUCUUUCUUUCUUUCUUUCUUUCUCUCUCUCUCUCUCUCUCUUUCUUUGCCAAUGGCAGAUUACGAAUUUGCUCCUGAUUUCCAUCGAAAUGGCGACUUUUCUUCUCGGCCGCCAGAAUUUCCAUCUUUGUGCCAUUAGCUAAUUCCUGUUGGGUACAUGAAUGACCAGGAAAGAAUCCAUGAAAAUCCAGGUGCUUCAAAACCAGGCUGACUCCAUUUUUACUACCAAGUGAGAUUAAGAGGGGAGAGAGUGGCUCCCCCCUUUUUUUCAAAGCAUAAGGGAACAGUUUUGUUGUAAAGGAUUAGAAUUCCAGCUGUCAGGAAGCAAACCCAGGGAGAGAUGUGCUUCUUCUUGCCUUCCAUGGGUAAUUGCUUCCAGGUAGGUGUAGGGGGCUUGGAAUGGGGUAGAUAUUUGUCUUGCAGUUUUCAGCUCUCUUUCUCUCUCUUCUCCUAUCCCCUAUUGCACGGAGAAGCUUGCAGUUUGUGUUUGAAAUUCAAGGCCUCUUUGAGUUAGCUUUUAUGUCCAGAGGUAAGUAAAACAGCCACAGGAGAGAUCACAUUUGCUAUGGGUGUUUAAUGAGAGUACAAGUCUUUGUUCUUCUUCUUUUCUUGACUGAUGGCUUAAGUAUGCGUCUCUUUCUGCUUUAGAUCAUAGUAACAUAAGAAAUGCAAUGGUCCAUCUAACUCAGAACUGCCUACACCAGGAGUGGUGGCUAACCUUCAGGUGGUGUUGGACUGAAACAUACCUAAUCUAUCACAUAUGUCCAGUGCUCAAAAGCUUAAAUUGGCUAUCCCUAUGCUUUCUGGCCAGCUUCAAGGUUCUCAUAUUAAUUUAUAGGGCCCUUAGCAACUUAGCUGCAGGAUACUUUGGGAACAAGCUUAUAUCCCUGCUUGGUCUUUGAGGGAGUCACUGUUAGUGGUCCCCCAUGGCUCAUUUCCACCAGGAGCAGUGCUACAUUCAGUAUUGUACAUCCAGUUUUAUGAAUCUCCUUCCAGAUGAACUGCUAGCACCUACUGAAUGCCUUUUCAAAAUUAUUAUCCCAGCAGACAUUUUAACUGAAGUCUGAUCUUACAAUUUUAGCUGGUUUUUGUUUGCAUCGUACCAAGGUUCUUGUAUGCCACUUAAAUACCAUCGUAAUUAAGUGGUAUAUAAAUUGUCAACAUAAAUCACCUCCCAUCAUCCCUGACCAGUGGCCAAGCUGACUAGGGCGCAUCAGAGCUAUCCAGCAACAUCUGGGGAGCCAUGAGUUAGCCAUUCCUGGUGGUUGCUCACUGUGUUUGCCUCUAUAUAGUUCCAUCCUUAUUUCAGACAUCGUGAUACUUUGAUGUAUUGUGAUGUUUAGCUGGUGGUACAUCGUGAUGUUGAAAACCAGAUGUUGCCCAGAUCUACUCACUGGCAGUAUCUCUCCAACAUUGCAGAAGGGUCUCUGUGCUGUGCUGAAACAUACCUUCCAAUACCUGCAAGUUUUCUUACCUUGUUCAGCCUAAACUGCAGUACACUUCAGAAUGUCUUUAGAAUUUCAUCAGGUGUGGGGUUUUGCUUACCAAGGUGUCCCCCCUUCCUAAGUUGAAAACAAACCCAACCUUUUCUUCACAGUGGCCAACCAGAUGCAUGUGAGAAUCUAGAGAGGUCUUCUAUCAAGUGUUUGAGAUCUGUGUGUUCACUGAUUUUGUUUUUAAGGGAAGUUCUUCCUUUUAUCCCCACCUACAGUGUAUAAUCUCUGUACAUUGUCUGCAGCCUUUUAUACGGCUUGCCUAGUUAUAUUGUUGUUAAUAUGAUUUGCUGAAGCUGUUAUUCUUCUGGAUUAAGGGUCACCUUGUAAUAAUAUUAUAUAUAGUAUAUUGUAAUAGUAAUACGUAGAUAACAUUAUCCUCAGUACAUUUAGCGGCUAUGGUGCCAACUGGGAAGUCUGUCAUCAGGGGCCUGCAAUUCAAUAUGUAAAAUGUAGCUUGUUCCUCUAGUCUGAACCAGAGACUUUGCAUGGAAAUGUGACACUUGGGGCAUCCUUCAAGGUUUUGAUCCAAAUCAUGUGGUGUCACUUUCUUUGGCGUAAUUGAGUUCAAGUGCAGUGUCUCCGAAGCUGAAAUAAACACCCUUCGAUGUUUCAGACAGUUAAAGUGCAAAGCUCAUGCAUUUUAAAUAAAUAACUGGAGAGCAGUCUCUUAAACUGACAGCUCUGCUCUCAACUGGGUGAGGUUUUCGGUCUGUGUGCUGGGGUGCAGUUUCCCUUUGAUUGAGAGCGUGUUUUGGUUGCGCUAGGGCUUUCUAAAUGUUCGGCUUAUGUUUACAGGAGGUUCAUGUAAACUUUAUGAAUCCUUCUGCCCUGGUACAUCAGCCAUCUGUUAGCAAGAUGCAUAUCCCAGCUGAAAGACAGAGAGCAUUGUGCUGAAAGGGGGGGGAUCUUGUAGGGUGUGGAUGUGUUUGAAUACUUCUUGCUGGAGGGGGUGACUAUAGGAGAAGAGGAUUGUUGCCAUCAUGUUCUACUGGGGGCCUGCUAGAAACCUCUGUCUCACCGCUAUUGGAUGCUGGGCUAGAUGGACGUUUGGUUUGAUCCAGCAGGGCUCUUAUUUGGGCUGAGGCCAAACUUGUGGGAACAGUCUAGCUCUUUUGGCUAUGGUUUCAAACAGUGUUAGAAAUUAGCCAGGCGCCAGGUGCAUUUUGCAUGAAUCCAGUUGGGACCAUGUAGAGAUCUCUGGAUGCCAGGUUGACGACUGACAUCUUCGUUUUGCUGACUCCUCCAGCUUUCUUAAGCUGGCAAGCAGAAGAGCUUAUUUGUUGCCUUUCUAUUACACCUUUUUCUCCAAGAAGUGUAUGGUACACUCCCGCCACAGUUGACCCCUGGAAUGACCCUGUCAGGGAGGUUAAGAGGCUGUGACUCACUCCAAGGUCACCCAGUGAACUUCAUGACUGAGGGGGUAUUUGAACCGUGAUCUCCCAGGUCCUAGUCUGGCACUCCAGCCAUUAUACCAUACUGGCUUCCAAGAGUUCUGCUUUUGGCCAACUCUAUAAAUUAAAUUGGUAGAUAAAUAUGGGAAAGCCAAAUGUCAAGGAUGUGAAAUAUUUUCUUUUGAAUUCCUUUGAACUUGUUUGAUUCUGGAUUGUUUUAUUUGAUGUUUUAAUGUGUUGUAAACAGCUUUGAGAUUUUUUUCUGUAAAAUAUAAAGUGAUAAUAGAAACGAAUAACAAUAAAUUUCAUUGUUAGAAAAGGGUGCCUAGACAUUCCAUUGCGGCGACCAUAACCCAGGUUUAAGGUGCCAUGUUGCGCUUAGCUGAUAUAUACAGUAUCUGAAUUUCUAACGCUGGUUUCAAAGUACUGGCAAAUAGGAAGAGAGUCUGAUGGAACAGAGUAGCCUUAAUGGCAAAGGGCAGGCAUUAUGGGAUGGAAGCCUUGGCUUCCAUGUUACUUCCAACUAUGGCUGCAUUCGCACAUGGGUUUCAGUGUGCUAGCGCUUCAGCCCUGGUUUCUGACAUUCUUUUCAUACUACAGUAGCUUGUUGUUUUGAUUUACAAUACCCUCAACAAUUUUGGGUCAGGAUAUGCCAGGGAUCACCAAGAUCAUCUGCAGGAGGAUUGUUGAUCACUUUCCAAGCUAGUAAGGUUCAUUUGAUAUAUAAAAAAACUGAGCCUUUAGUGGCAUUAACCCAAUAUUGUGAAAUGCUCUGCCAACAGAGAUUCAACAGUCACCUUCUGUUUCAGAUUUAAAAUGCCACAGUGGUUAAUUGAUAUGUGUUUUCAAUGGUCUAUAAAUAUGUUUUUAUAAAUAGAUACAUAGAAUGUUCAUAUAUGCAUACUUUAGUAUUAGCAAUUUUGUACAUGUUACUUGAAGCUACUAACAUGAGUUUGAGCAAACUGUGGGAGGCAGUGGAAGACAGGAGUGCCUGGUGUGCUCUGGUCCAUGGGGGUCACAAUGAGUUGGACAUGACUAAAUGAGUAAACAACAACAACAACAUCACGUUACUUGUUUGGAGAAGUAUGGAUUUUGACGGGUGGCUGUAUUCCAACCCUGGAAUGUGUGAACAGGGUAAACUUCCUUUAACUACAAACUUAAUUGAACCUCUCCCUGCACCCACAAUCCUUAUUCAUGACCUUCUCCUGAAAAGACUGCAGUGGAUCUCUCAACCUAGCAAAUUGCUGUCCUCUCUAUCCAUUUCACAAAGGUUUUAUUUCAUCUAGUUUCACGACUGGGCAUCCAUUGUGAGCUCUCUCAUUCUCUCUCUUUGUGUUUUAAACUGUGUCCUCUUCCCAUGCUGAAUUCCUCAACUUUGGAAGCUAGCCACUUGGCCAAACACACCCAGGAAUUGCCAGAUGGACUCAAACAGGUUUUUGUUGCAAACUCCCCCCGCCCCCCACCUUCUUGCUUGUUGACAUCUUCUUUUUGCCAUCAAAGAGACCAUCCUGGAUUGUUGCGCUUUUGAGAACUGUGCGGCCUGGAAGCCAGAGAAACUCGAGAGCUCUGUGGCUCAGCUUCACAAAAGCCAAAUUCUCUUGGAAUAGUAGCUGAAGUCCAAAAUGCCUUGGCAACGGCACUGUCGGAAAAAGAGGUCAACUGGAAAGCCAGAAGACCUUAGCCAAACAAAUUGCUAGUUAGGACUUGCAAGGAUAACCGGUGGUUAGCAAUGCUCAGGUGGAGUGCGAUUAUUUCCUCAAUGUAACUUGAGAAGCUUUUCCUUUGAUUUGCUUCUGUGCCUUGAGGGUUGUGAAUGAACGAAGGUCGGAGAGGCUUUAACUGUGUCACACGGAUGACUGGCCCUUCGGUGGCAGGGCAAAUGACUUUGCAUGGAAGUAGCGCCAGCGACGUUGCCAGUUAAAGGGAGCAGGUGAUAUGAAAGACCUCUGUCCCAGGACUUGGAGAGUCAUGGGGAAAGGGCCAUGGCCCAGUGGUAGAACAUCUACCUAGGAUGCAGGUGAUCCCAGAUUCAAUCCCCAGCAUCCUCAGCUAUGGCUGGGAGAGACCCAAGCCUAAAAUCCUGGAGAGCCUCUGCCAGUGCAGACAUUACUAAGCUAGAUGGACCAAUGGUCUGACUCUGUAUAAAGCAGCUUUCUGUAUUCAUACAUUCACUGUCAAUCAGGUUAGGGUAGCCUUCUCCAAACUGGUGUCUAUUGCUUUCAUCAGCCCCAGGCACCAUUGCCAGUGGUCUGGGACAAUGGGAGUCAAACAACAUCUGAAGAGCACCAAGUUGGGAAAGGUUAGAGAAGGCAAUAUAGUGGGGUAGGAGAGCUUAAAAAAAAAAAUCACAUCUGGCAACCAAUGGACCUUGGGUUUCAGAUAAUAUAUGGAUAGAUGAGUCUUAAAAGCCCAGGACACAAUUUUUCACAGUCCUCUAGCAGCUAUGGUGCUACCAGAAACCAUUUAGCAUUUAGUGCUAACUCUGGAAGCUUGUACUCGAUUCUGACCAAACUAAGCCUCCUAGAGCAAAAUAUACAUCAGGAAAUGCCCCUUUGGCUGCUGCGUGAGCUAGGAGAUCCAUGGGGCACAAAUGCGAUUGGAUAUUCUGUUUUGGCACCCUGAACCCAGGUUCCAGGCACCAUUCGGCACCUAGCAUUCCUGUCCCAGUUUUGAACACUGUGUUAAAGCCACUUCUGGGAAUCUAGUGGAAGUUUAGGGCUCAUUUCUAGGUUAAUUGUGAGAGAAAAGGUUGCAACUUCCUUAACUUGGAAAAUCAUGGGAAUUUUGUAUUGAUGAUAGUUUGGUUUUUUAUUUAUUAAAUUUCUAUACCACCCUUCGUCCGAGGACCACAGGGCAGUUUACAAUAUAAAAACACAAAAAUACAUAACAUAAUAACAAAUGAAAACAACCCCCCCCCCCAGUUUAAAAGGUUGUAGGUUGUUUAAUUAGCCAAGGCCUGGGAGAAGAGGACUAUUUUUGUGCUAGAAGUUCUGACCACUGAAAAUUCUGCUCUGCUGCCCCCCGCUUUCCCUGGUUCCUGAAAUUUGUGCUACGAGAACCAAAAACUUCAUUUCUUAAAAACAAAUGAUUCCAAAUGCUAGAUUCUAUGCUUAGUAGGGAGGGGAAAAUCUGUCAUUUUCAGCUCUCUGAUUCUCAAUUUUCUAAGGUUAAGUUCAGUUCCCUGCAACAAUUUGUGAUUUUUUUUAAAUCCUCGUGAAAAUUCAAUAGGAUUUUAGUGUGAUCCCCCCCCCCCCGGAAUGAUCACAUGUUUUAGUAUGAAAUUUUGGCUAAUAAUAAUCUACACUUUCUUGCUAUCAAUUUCCCCUAAUACAAUGAAUUGUUUAUGUUUUGGUUUUUCUAGCAAUAUAUCCAUUGUUGUGCCUUCUCCCCCCUGCCCAAUAUAUUCAUUUUUGCCAAUAAUGUUUGGCUGUGCAUACAAUUCAUAUCAGUGCACAUUUCAAAGGAGAGAUGUGUUUCAUUUUGCAUAUUGGUACAAGAAACGAGAAUUCGGUCGAUUCUCAUUAAAAUGCUAACCAAAUGGAACUUCUCCUCCCAUCCCUAGUGCUCAGUGCUGAAUUAUGCGCUUGUAGGGGCUCCUUGUAUUACAGAUCAUUUUGUUUUGACUUUAAUUUCUCAGCACUGCUAAAAAGAGCUACUUCCUGGGGAGCGGGCAGUGGAGGCUAGUCCAUUGGGGGUCCUUCUCUACCAACCUCAGCCUGCCCUCAACCAGCCCUCACUUGUCUCCCAUCUUACUUGCAAACCCACUCAGGAGGUAACUGAACAUGUCAGCUGCCCUCUCAGUUUCAGUGUAUAAGUCAGCAGGGAGAAAGAUGGGGACAAAACUAGAAUUAGCCAGCUCUGCCUGAUGUCAGCUCUGGCUCCACUAUUGGGUAGACUUUCUGCUUUCUGCCCCAUCACUCCAAUGGGCAGCAUCCACCACUGGUGGAGGGAUCGUACUGGGAAGUAUCAACAAGGGAUGGACCUUACAGUUUGGCAGGCAUGGAGCAAGGGGAGUAUUGGGGUGCCUGAGCAUCUGUAUCUAGGAACCUGCUCUGUGCGAGUAGACUUCCUGCACAAUUGUAAAUCAUCUUAAGCUGACGUGGGAUUUGAGAUGCUACCUGGGCCCUAAUAAACACUGAUUCAAUCAGGGCUGAUGUAGAUGGAUACCUGAUAGGCCAUUCUUGCUAUGAUAGCCACUGUUCGGGGAUGAUGGUAGUUGUAGUUGAACAUCACCAAGAAGGCUACAGGUUGCUCAUCCCUGCUGUACAGAAUUGUGAGCUUGAUAGAGAAGUAAGAAAACUCUGAUCUGUGAAUUGCUGUCAAAAUAAUAAGAUAUUUGGGUCUUCUCUGCCUUGGUAGUAGUACAACAUUUAGUUGUGUGUGUGUGUGUGUGUGUGUGUGUGUGUGUGUUUAUGUAUCUAUACUACCAUGAAGAUCUUGUGAGAAAUGGAUGUUGUGAUAUCUGUUCUGAUUUCUUAAGAAUUUGAGCCUGUUGAUUUUAGCCAAGUCAGUCUAAUCUACUGCCAGCUCAAAAAAAAAUUGGUAAUAUUUACUAAUGCAUAAUUUUUUAUCUGUCCUGACGGCAGUGUUUAUUUACGAGAUUAAGCUUUUAUUUAACUUUCUCAGGAAAGACUUAUCAACACCAGAUUUUGUGUCUGUCUGUACAAAGUAUAAACAUUCUGAAAGCCCAGCUCGAAACAUGAUUGAUUUAUCAGGGUGCAUCCAGAUGGCAAUUCCCCAAGUGGCUAAUUCAGAGCUGUAGCACUGACAGGAUGAGAAUUAUCUUGGAGAGCGGAGGACAUCUUGCUCUUGGGCCUAGUAGACCUCCUCCCCUUCAUAAACCCACAAGGAUUUCCUGUCCAGGUCCCAGUGAAGAGCCUAUGAGACAGGAUGGAGCAAAGCAGGCUAAAGGUUGCCGUGCCCUCAUGGACUCCUAAUUUGCCUUCCUGCUAGUGAAAUUCCUGGCUGGCUGCUGUUUAAAAGCAACUGUCAACUGCCCCGUGAUCUUGUGAUGAAGGAUGCUGGUGGCGCUGUGGCUAAACCACUGAGCCUCUUGGGCUUGCUGGUCGGAAGGUCGGUGGUUCGAAUCCCUGCGAAGGGGUGAGGUCCCGUUGCUCUGUCCCAGGUUCUGCCAACCUAGCAGUUCAAAAGCACACCAGUGCAAGUAGAUAAAUAGGUACCACUGUGGCGGGAAGGUAAACGGCAUUUCUAUGUGCUCUAGUUUCCAUCACAGUGUUUUGUUGCACUAGAAGUGGUUUAGUCAUGGUGGCCACAUGAUCCAGAAAGCUGUCUGUGGACGAACGCCGGCUCUCUCGGCCUGAGAGUGAGAUGAGCGCCGCAACCCCAUAGUCGCCUUUGACUGGACUUAACCAUCCAGGGGUCCUUUACCUUUUACUUUUUAAAAUGUAAAUCUAAACCUAAACAACAACAUGGGAUAGCUGUAUAAAUUAAGUAGGUAAAUAAAUAUGGGGAAAGCAAAAUCUCACUUAGAGAAGGAUCUGAAAUAUUUUCCUUGAAAGCUGAAUUUGUUUCAUUUUGGAUUAUUUUAUUUGAUGUUUUAAUGCAGGCAUCCCCCAACUCAGCCCUCCAGCUGUUUUGGGACUACAACUCCCAUCAUCCCUAGCUAACAGGACCAGUGGUCAGGGAUGAUGGGAGUUGUAGUCCCAAAAAUAGCUGGAGGGCCGAGUUUGGGGAUGCCUGUUUUAAUGUGUUGCAAACUGCUUGGAGAUCUUUUUCAUUAAAAUAUAAAGCAGUAUAAUAAUGAAAUUAACAACAGCAACAAAUCGCAUUAGGGCUGGGGGGGAAUGGAUGUCUAGACAUUCUGCUGUGGUGACCGUAACCUAAGUUUAAGGUGCCAUUUGGUAAUUAGCUGAUAUAUAUCUGAGUUUCUAACACUGCACAUUGGGUAUCAUUCAACACAGAGGUUGUUAUGUUCAUAAGCACACACACAUCACUUGCACUUAAAGCGGCACAACUGCCAUGAAAUCCUGGCAGAAUUUCAGGAUUCAUUUCUUUUAAGGUUAUCUGUUUUUACUUUUUGAAAUGUUGAUUUUGCGGGAUACAUUUAACCAGCUGGAAAUGUGUUGAAUUGUUACUUGCCAGUAAAAAAAAUGUUCUUAGUCAUUAGCCUUUUUUUGUUUUUUGGUUUUUUUAGUUAUCUAACUGCAAUCCUUUGCAUAUGUACAGUGGUACCUCAGGUUACAUACGCUUCAGGUUACAUAUGCUUCAGGUCACAGACUCCACUAACCUAGCAAUAGUACCUCGGGUUAAGAACUUUGCUUCAGGAUGAGAACAGAAAUUGUGCUCUGGCGGCAUGGCGACAGCAGGAGGCCCCAUUAGCUAAAGUGGUGCUUCAGGUUAAGAACAGUUUCAGGUUAAGAACGGACCUCUGGAAUGAAUUAAGUACUUAACCUGAGGUACCACUGUACAUACUGUAGAGGGUCUUUCUGCCCUUACCAUUUAAAGCAGUUGACAGGGUUUGGGGAGAUUUUUUUUUACAUUCUGUCGCACAACAUUCAGCUAGUCUUCCAGAAUAAUGUAUUUAGAGAGCGACAUGCUCCCCCCCCUCUACUGCAAGAAAGAAAGGACUGUUGCAAAAGAUCAGGAAUGGAUCCUCAAUAUCUUCAUUUGUGACACAUGUGUACAAACAUCCUCUUGGUUUCUGUGUGGAGGCAUUGGUGGCUGACGGGUGUGGCUUGGAAGACACCUGCUUUUGUCCCCAAAUCCUCUGGAUUGGUGAGAGCUAUCAGUUGGCAACCUCAGUUAAGAGGAGAAAAGUGGCUGGUAGAGACAAUAAUACUGAGUCAAAGCACUGCCCAUGGCAGCGAACAUGAGCUGCAGACAAAAUUCCAUCACAACAACCUGUUUCACCAUGGCUCAGGUAGACACUGAGUUCCUCCUCUAAUCUCCAGAGUAGAAUUCUGGAACCCUAGGCAUUAAAUACACCCCUCAAAAAUGCAGGAAAAAGGCUAUCUUAUGCAUGCUCAUAACUCUGACAUUUACUGGCUGGAGGAACACAAGGGUAUGUAAGGGGUGACACCAUACCCACAGAAUCUUUCCCCAUAGAUAGUAGGCACAACCUACUAUUAGUGUGGAAAACCCCACCCUUGCUCUCUAAUAACAGUGACAGGUGAUGAAAUGUCCAGGGUAUCAGUUACAAAGAUCAGACAUCAACUGUAUCACUGUAAAUAGUGCGUGCUUUCAGUGGCACUUAACUCCCAGGUCGGUGUGUUUAUAGGAUUGUGGCCCACUUCUCCAGGAGUAAGCCCCUUGGGAGUAAAUAGACCGCACUGUCCGUCAUUUGUGGGCCUUUACAAGAAUAACAGAAGCUAUUCUUCCAUUUUGCAAAGCCUUCUUCAACUAGCUUGGAGGCAAUCUGCUGACUGGGCAAGUGGCUAUUUGCAAGCCUGAACUAGCAUACAAGGCUGUGUUUUCCAAGCAUGGACAUGGGGAAGCCCUCAUAUUUUGUUGAUGGACAAUACAAGUUCAGUAUCAAUUUGUUCAUUGCACUUUCAGCCCAUCUGCCUCCAUCAGGCAGCAUCCAUUAAUUGAAAAUCUUGAAAAGAAAUGGAAAUAGAAGAUAAACAUAAUAUUUUUGUGUUUUUUUAAAACUAAUUCUAUUUAGUUUAACUUUCGGCCCUGAAGGCAGUGCAAGAGAGGCUGUUUGCAAACCUAAUGGCAUGUGACCUGCGGGUAUAAGGCGGUAUAAUAAUAAUAAUAUGGAAAAUAGAUCUAAUAAUAUCAGAGCAUGGGCUGGACAAUGGACUGUGUGUGUUAGGAAGGUUGUUGGUAUACUAGGUUGGAAUAGAGAUUUGUACCAGAAUACCUAUGAUGGAUCAUGUCAUUCCUACAUUAUAGUGAAAAUGUUUUGGGUUUUUUUUUUGAAAAGGUUGUCAUUGUGUAAUGCAGCUUUACCUUAUCUCGGUAGUGUAUAGAGGCUUGUUGGCCAAUGCGCCUUUUCCUGCCAAAAGAAAAUAAAUCGAAUGAGCUCACUCAUGAUAGUGUGCACUCUUCUAACUCAAACUAAUUGGUUUCCUAAUUGAUGUUUGUUGAACUUUCUCCAUUUCAUUGAGUGAUUAGGUACAAAAAGCUAACAGUUGACAUCUGCAGGCGCUUGACUGGUGUCUGUAAUUACUGUUAAUGUUAAAUAAUUGUUAGUUAAUUGGAGUGAUAGCUGACUGAAUGCAAUCCAGAUUGAGGAGAAGUUUUUAGAAAAGCAACUCCAAAACAAACCCAAGACCUAGUUAAAUAAACAUACCUCUGUGCUACCCGUAGAGAAAAUAUAUUUCCAUGGGGAAAAGAAAUGCAUGACCUCCCACCCAGACGGGAAAAGCUCCCUGCGUUUAUGAGAGAAACUGAAAAUAGCUUUGACAGUCACAAUCUUUUUCUUAAGCUGUGACCAUCCACCUGACAAAGCCAGCUCUAGGAUAGCUUAGCUGGUAGAGCAUGACACUCUUAAUAUCAGGGUUGUGGGUUCAAGCCCCACGUUGGGCAAAAGAUUCCUGCAUUGCAAGGGGUUUGGACUAGCUGAUCCCAUGUUCCCUCUACAAUUCUAUGAUUCUAUGAAACUACUCAAACAGGCUCACAUAUGCAUACCCUGGCAAGGUGACAAUUCAGAGUGACUGAAAAUGUCAAGUAUGGAUUGCAUCAUUAAAACGCCUGUGAGAUUUUUCACCCCAAUAGGAGCAUUGCAAGUUGCCUUACACUGGGUCAAACCAUUGGUACAUCUUGCUCACUGUUGUCUCCCCAGGGUUUCUCAGUCCUAUGCUGAGACACUAACACUUGAAUCUGGGACCCUCUGCAUGAAUAGCAGAUGCUCUACUACUAAUCCCAUUCCAGGCAUUCAUGUGACUUGGCACCUCUUCCUUCUCUCUACCAACCCUCCAACUGAAAUGUGGGGGGUUAGAGACACUGGGGAGUGGUGAAGUACCCUUGUCAGCAAUAGUUGCUGCCAUGUGACCUUUCUCUCUCUCUGAGCUUCAAUGGAAGUAUUCAGACUCCUCCAAGCCCCAGCUAUGUUGCCUCCUCCAUAUAAGAGAAACCUCACUGGGUAAGGAUGGAGAAGGCCAAGGACCCUAACGGUCCCAUCCAAACAGGAGCCAUUUUUUUUGGUGAAAACAGAUCUGAUUAUAGAUCUUCUGAAACUUGGGUAGUUUGGCUUUGAGUCCAUUCGUUGUAAGCAAAGAACACAUUUGUCACCUGCUAAGGGUUCUGCAUAACUCAGGAAUUUGCAAAUUGGUUUGUCAAACCCCACAAAUGUUGUCCUACUAUCUGGUUUAUCUGUUUAUUUUGGAAUUAGCCUUUAUUUUAUACCGUGUGGAUAUGGGAUUGGAAGGAUUACAGUCUUUGUCUUUGCUCCCCCCUCUUACUGUCUUUUAAAAAAAUGCAUUAAUAUCCUUCCUACGCACCAUAGUUGUCAUGGUGGCUUCUCCUUGCCAGCAACUUUGACUCCUCUUAUCUGACUCGAGCCCACUAAUUUGCCAUCUGGAUUUUUUCAACCCCUUUGCUCAUCCCCAUCACAACCUGGCAUGAUCAGCAGCCACCUGGGGACCUCAUUAUACAUUGCUGUCGCAGUGUGGGCCAAAAAUAGCAUUUGACAAAGUGUGCUGAACCCCCUUCAGCCUCUAGAUCUUUGACAAACAAAUAAUUGGGUGCAUCACACCUUCGGCUCGGAGGAGUUUCUGACAAGGAUUGUGGGCUUGCCGAUCGCAACCGUCAGCUCACUCCUGGUGCAUAUCAGGGUGAAUUGUUUGAAGAGUCGCUGGUGCUGACAUCCCAGAAUGACAGCCCAAGAAAACAGGAUCCUCAUUACGGUACAUGCAGAGGCAGGUGUCUCUGGUGACAUCUAGCUGUGCAGCUGAUUUCCUAGAACAGAUGUUGAGCUGGGAGAGUGGGAACAGUUGUUCCUUUUUACAAAUGUGUUAGGCUAAGAACAUAAAGCUUCUCAUUUCCCUGGGUUGUUGUUUCUUUAAGGAAAAGACAAGGGAAACAGGUUGCUGUUGUUGCUGCUUACGAUUUAUAACCCAUCCUUCCCUCCAGUGGAACCCAAGGAAGCAAACACAUAGAAUCAUUGAAUUGUAGAGCUGGAACGAACCCAGGAGUCAUCUAGUCCAACCGCUCCCCCCCCCCGCUGCCAUGCAGGGAUCUUAAGUAGAUCAUACAUGACAGGUGACCUUCCAACCUCUGCUGAAAAACCUCCAAGGAAGGAAGGUCCACCACCUCUUGUGGGAGUCCAUUCCAUUGCUGAACAGCUCUUGCAGUCAGAAAGUGCUUCCUGGUGUUUAGUCGUAAUCUCAUUUCUUGUAACUUGAAUUCAUUGGUUUGGGUUGUACCCUCCGGAGCAGGAGAAAACAAGUUUCCAUCUUCCAUAAAACUAUGAAAAUAUCUUAAAACAAUUCCAAUACAAUUCCAAUACUGGGGAAGAUCUCAUCUUAAAGGACUUCUUGGGUCUUCAUAGAAUCAGUUGGAAGGGACCACGAUCGCCAUCUAGUUCAACCCUCUGCAGUGCAGGACUCUUAUGCCCAGUUUGGGCUCGAACCCACAACCCUGAGAUUAAGAGUCUCAUGCUCUACCAACCAAGCUAUUCAGUAGGCACUGAAAAGGCUACAGAGAUGGAGCUGUCUGAUGUGUAACUGGAUGGAGUUACAAUUUAGGUGCCUAACUGUUGGAUCUGCAAGAUGCCUUCACCUGCAGAGCACAGCGAUCAACUGGGUAUAUAAAGGAUGAGGUGAUCUUUCAGGUCACUUCCUAUGGAACAUUUGAAAAUGACUUCAUAAUACAGUAGGAACAUAUCCAACAGCUGUACCAACUGAGAUUAAAAACAAACAAACCCUGCACUUGCAGAAUGUCUUUGAAAGAUGCCAAAAAGACAAUAUUUUAAAUGCAUUUUAAAUGCAUUUUAAGCUGCAUUUUAAACUAGAUUCUAACAUAUUUUAAUCAACUGUGUUUUUUUGUUUUUUGUUUGUUUUUUUUCGUUUUUCGGAGAGCCAGUGUGGUGUAGUGGUUAAGAGCGGUAGACUCAUAAUCUGGGGAACCGGGUUCACGUCUCCGCUCCUCCACAUGCAGCUGCUGGGUGACCUUGGGCGAGUCACACUUCUUUGAAGUCUCUCAGCCCUACUCACCUCACAGAGUGUUUGUUGUGGGGGAGGAAGGGAAAGGAGAAUGUUAGCCGCUUUGAGACUCCUUAAAGGGAGUGAAAGGCGGGAUAUCAAAUCCAAACUCUUCUUCUUCUUCUUCUUCUUUUUAAUGUUUUUACUGUAUUUAUAUUCAGUGUUAGCUGCCCUGAGCCUGGUCUGGGCCGGGGAGGGCAGGGUAUAAAUAAAAAUUUAUUUAUUUAUUUAUUUAUUUAUUUUAAUUAAUAUUUAUUAAAGUUUCAAAAAUAAUAAAAUCACAUUAAUAAACAAGAAAAAUUUUAACAAAAACAGAGAAAAAUACACCAUACAAAAUACCAAAUAGAAAAUAGAAAAAAGAAAAAAAAGAAAAAAGAAAAAAAAGAAAAAACAGUUAAAAAUAGUUCCGUCUUUUCAUAACUUCUUUUACAUUUACUUGUUUCCCGGACUUCCUCAUACCUCCCUCUUUUGUAUUCCAAUUCAGUUUGUAAGCCCAGCAAUUUCUUUCCCUCCUUUUUAAUUCCAAUCCUAAAUCUUAAUAUAUUAUGGCAUUAGAUUUUUACCUAUUUAGAACCAAUUUUUCCAUUUCUCUUAACCUUUUUGAUCCUAAUCCUUAAUCUUGAUAUAUUUAUAGCUUUAAAACCUAUAGCUUUUAAAGAAAGAAGAUUCCACCUAAACAUUAGGAAGAACUUCCUGACAGUAAGAGCUGUUCGACAGUGGAAUUUGCUGCCAAGGAGUGUGGUGGAGUCUCCUUCUUUGGAGGUCUUUAAGCAGAGGCUUGACAACCAUAUGUCAGGAGUGCUCUGAUGGUGUUUCCUGCUUGGCAGGGGGUUGGACUCGAUGGCCCUUGUGGUCUCUUCCAACUCUAUGAUUCUAUGAUUCUAUGAUUCUAAAACCUGUACAGCUAGGAGCCACUUAACUUCAAUCCAUCAUCACUCUAACAUUCAUUAAUUUUGCAAUGUUUCUGUAAAUAAUCUUUAAAUUUAUUCCAAUCUUCUUCCACCAACUCUUCUCCCUGGUCACGGGUUCUACCAGUCAUUUCCGCCAAUUCCAUAUAGUCCAUCAUUUUCAUCUGCCAUUCCUCCAGUGUGGGUAGCUCUUGUGUCUUCCAAUACUUUGCAAUGAGUAUUCUUGCUGCUGUUGUAGCAUACAUAAAGAAAGUUCUGUCCUUUUUUAACACCGAUUGGCCGACUAAUAAAAAUUAAAAAAUAAAAAAUAUUAUUGUUAUUGUUAUAGGGAGAUGGUGUCUGGCUGAUAAAUAGCAAUUUAUAGGUCACUGUGUAGCUGAAGUUCUCCAUGCAGCUUACAGAUACAAAGGCAAACAACCCAAAACCAAAACAAGAAAGAACCCAAAUUCAAUUAACACAUCACUGUUACAAAACCACAGCUUUAAAAUAGCGGAGGGAAAGAAAAUCCAGAAAUCUAAACCGAAUUAAAACUAUAUAACGUAAUUUGAAAGGACUGCAACCUAUUUUUACAGUUCCCUCAUCUCCCCGCCAUCCCGGCUCUGAAAAAGUUAUUAACGUAGGCACCAGGGAGGGGACAUUGCCAAAAAUGCACUUUCAUGCAUAUCAUCCUCCUUCUGUACUUCUCCAGGCAAAGGGCACUUAGAGAGGAUGGACCUAGAUCAUGAUAUGAGUGUUUCGUUAGGUAAAUGUGGGAGGAGGCAAAAUCUCCUCAUAUAAUGUAAAUACAUGGGCUACAUCUCUUGUCUUAUGGGCACUACAGAACUUUAUCGAGAGGAUGUAAAACCAUUAUUUAUUUUUGCAGCUCCUCACUCUCUCUCCCUCUGCCCUCAAUCCUACUUUGGGAUUAUUUGCUCCCUGUUUACAUUUCUUCAAUACGAGGGUUUGAUGGGUGUUGGAAUAGUUUUAAUGUUAUGAUUGUUUUAUCACUUGUGCAGUUGGCACUCUGGGCUCCUCUAGGAGCAAAGGUGGGAUAUAAAUCUAAUAAAUAAAAUUAAUAAGGAGGGGUGGUGGACUAAGAAAAUCUCCCUGCUGAGGUUGCAGAUGUUUGAUGAUGAUAUGAAGUUUAAGCUUGGUGGCAGCUGCCAAGAUCAGCAGUGGCACUUAAUGCCACCUUGCCAUAUCUCCAUGUGUGGGGCUUGACAUCUUCUCGGAGCCAUCCUACGCACCCUCAGUCUCUUCAAGAAGAUUAAGAGCUUUCUCUUGCCAGCCUGACAAGGAGGGAAGUGUGGAGGUGUGCGUGUAUGCUAAAUGCAAAGCUAAUGUGGCCUUUAUGAAGCAGGAGGAUUAGGCUGGUAAGUUUAUACAAAGCCAAGGAGAUCUUUUUGCCGAACGAAAUGUGCAGCUGAGAAAUAUGAGCGGGAGGUCGAUUGACACCUGAACAGCCAGGAGGGAAUAAUUAGGUAUUUGCUAUCUGUAGCUCCCCAUGGCCUCUAGCAGCGUGUGGUUUUCGAAUCAUUAAUCCUAUUUGGGGUGUGUGCGCCUGUGUGCACCUAUGUGGUGGAUGUCUUAAACAUACAUUUGCCAUAACUUAGCUGUAUUAAUGCCUCAACUAUAGUAGGUGCAGUGGUACCUCGGGUUAAGUACUUAAUUCGUUCUGGAGGUCCGUUCUUAACCUGAAACUGUUCUUAACCUGAAGGACCACUUUAGCUAAUGGGGCCUCCUGCUGCCGCCACGCCGCCGGAGCACAAUUUCUGUUCUCACCCUGAAGCAAAGUUCUUAACCUGAGGUACUAUUUCUGGGUUAGCGGAGUCUGUAACCUGAAGCGUAUGUAACCCGAGGUACCACUGUAGUUGCCAUGCAAGCUUUGACGGUGGAGACCAAGCUUCUAGUCCUGAGUGUUUCAGAUGCACUUUAUUUAAUUUAUUUAUGCCACCCCCUAGCAUAGUGUUCUGUAGGUGGCUUACAAUAAAUAUGUAAGCACACACACACACACACACAGAGAGAGAGAGAGAGAGCACGCUAAAAUGCAAAGUAAGAUUUUUUAAAAAGAAAAAUGAAUGCUACAUAAAUAUAAGGAAAAAGAAUAUGCCCUCAGCUUAAAAACAGAUUUUUAUUUUUAUUUUUUAAAAACCAACAACACAGAGGUCCAUACCAAGAUUUUAUUUAAAGGUCUGGGUAAACAAAAAGGUUUUCGCUUGGUAGGGAUGGAAGAAUCCAGCCAUUUCACCCAUUUUUCCAGUUGUAAGUUCAUCUCUCUGCAUUUCUACACCAGUCUGAUUUAUUUUAAAAGUUUAUAAAACUCAUGGAAAUUCAUCAGCGUUUUAGUGUGAAGUUCUCCUAAUAUACACGUGUUUGGAUGCAAGUUUGCCUAACACACAUCUUUGCAAGGCACUUUCCCCUAAUGUGCAUUUUUUCUGUGUUAUUUUCACUAAUAUAUUCAUUUAUAUGCACCUUUCACCCUACUGUAUGCAUUCUUGUGCCCCUUACGUGGCCAUACAGCAGCAAUGCAAAAUUUGGAGAAGUGCAGAUUACAAAGGGCGACUGUGUCUUGGUUCUCAUCUUGUUUAGGAAAGGGUGAAUUUGGUAGGUUCCCCUUUUAAAUGCAAACCGAAUCAGAUUUCUCCCCCAUCCCUAUCAACCUAGUACCAAAACUAUUUCAAAGAUGCUGCCAGCUGAAUCUCCCUGAGAAGGAUGCCCUAUAACCAGGGUGGCGCUACUGAAAUGGACCUCUCCCUAGUGGUUACCCACUUCCCUCCAUGUGGCAUUGCAGGGGGUUGGACUAGAUGAUCCUUCGGGUCCCUUCCAACUCUACAAUUCUAUGGCCUUCCUUCUGCCCCAUCAGCCACUGCAUUCCUAUUGUCUUUGACUAGAUGUCUGGGGGGGGGGGGACUUCCAUAUAAGCCUGGGUAAAAUGUGCAGACUCUGGAAAAUUGUGCAGUUUGAACCUCCUUCAGAUGAAAUUUUAAACCUCAUGCCUUUGGGCUGCUGGAGGAGAGUCAAUAGUAUGAAUGUGAAGGCAUUGAUUGUUUUGUUUGCUGUCAAGGCAUCAGACGUGCUGAUCUAGCUUCCCCGAAGCAAGUAAACUCUUGCCUUCAGUUACAAUGAAGAAGAAAUUGAUGUCGUGAAUGGAUGUGGCAAGACUCUUCCGAGAAACACCUUUCCAGAUCUAAAGAUCUUCUUUUGAGGUCUUGUUGGGUGACAACUACCAAAUGAUGUGAGUCAGCUGUCUAUGAAGGAGAGAACUCCUUUGUGGUGACACUUCACUUAUGGAGUUGUCACCCCAGGGAGGCUCACCUGGCACUUUUUCUGUGUCAUUUUUCACAACAGGUGAAUAGAUUUUUAUUCCUCCAGACCUUUUGCUAUUUAUUAAUUUGUUUGCUGCUUUGUUUUUUGGAUUUAUAUCCCAUCUUUUUGCCAAGGCACUAAAUAGUUUGCAUUUUUUACAAUUUACAGUUUUGCACUUCUCCUACCUCACUCACCAGCAGUUAAAAAUAAAACACAAGCAACCCCACUACCAGCCUUCUUCCUUCCUUCUCCUGGGGCAGAAUCGCAUCCAUUGACCCAUGGCAGGGGGGCGGGGAACCAUCUGACUAAUGCAGACCCUGAUGGUGUCUCUAUCUGCCUGCCUUGCUAUCAAGCAAACUUUUAAACAACCUUGUGUUCCAAAUAAACCUUGGGCUCUCACUGUUUUAGGUGUUGUUUUUAAAAAGACCAUUGGGUUCCAUUAAACAUUAAGUUAAAGUCACUUGAUGGUAUGCCUCUUGCACUGAUGAAAUGUUGUUGAGCAAGACUGUAGUGCAACAGAUUGCGCAACAGGAAUCAGCAGGUGUGCAGCAAGCUUCCUCUAGCAUAACCUUUUGCUUUUCGUUCUAUAAGUUGUUCAGACAAUAUUGUUGCUAGUGGCAGCUGUAGAACUUCAUGUAGAUGUUGUUAACAGCCUUCCAACAUCAGAUGGGAUAUCUGUGUUGAUCAUUACAGGAGUAAAGGGUGUGUAUGAAGGGAAACCUGGGAAAAGACCAUGAGUGUAAUCAUCAAAUUGCUGCUAGUGAACAGGCUAGCACAGGUGUGAAGCAAUGGCAUGUACAGUGGUCCCUCGGGUUAAGUACUUAAUUCGUUCCGGAGGUCCGUUCUUAACCUGAAACUAUUCUUAACCUGAAGCACCACUUUAGCUAAUGGGGCCUCCUGCUGCUGCUGCGCCGCUGGAGCACGAUUUCUGUUCUCAUCCUGUAGCAAAGUUCUUAACCUUAUGCACUAUUUCUGGGUUAGCGGAGUCUGUAACCUGAAGCGUAUGUAACCUGAAGCGUAUGUAACCCGAGGUACCACUGUAGUCGGUAGGGCAACUAGGCUAGUCCCCUAAAUGUUCCCGGUAAUUUAGAGCAUUAAAGCAUUAAAGUCUGGUGCCGCCUUCCCAAAACCCAGGAAGCUUCUGCCUGGUUUAGGGAGGAAGGCGUGAUGCUCCGACGGGGGUCCAAGAGCUCUCCUGCCACUUUCCCAAAGCAGAAUUGGGAAGGAAGCAGCAGGGCUCCAGCAUUCAAUCAGAAGCCUGUUACCUCCUUCCCAAAGCCCAGAAAGCUUCUGCACUGCUUAGGGAGGGUGGCGCAAUGCUCACAUGUACAACAUUGUAUGUGCAAUGUUGGCCCCCCAUUGCCCUCACAAGCUGGCACCUCUGGCCCUAAAUGUUCCCCUACAAAGUAUUACACUGCAUGCCACUGGUGUGGAGACCCUUGGGCUCUCCAGAUGAACUACAACUCUCAUCCCCCCUGCCAAAGACUCUGUACCCCUAGGCUAAAGCUCAGGAGCAAAACACAGUCUUUGCUUCCCAAAUGUUUCUGGUUGAGUCCUUGGUACCUCCUGCUAAAAGCGUCUGAAAUGGGCAAAGAACUCAUUUACCUAAGAUCUUGCAAAGACCUGUUGUGAGUAAGGAUAGGCAAAACUGGGUGCCUCCAGCAUCUGAGGCUGCAUUCUAGAUCACCUGCAGUUUCCAAAUGAUCUUCUAAAGCAAGGUAAAGGGACCCCUGACCAUUAGGUCCAGUCAUGACUGACUCUGGGAUUGUGCCGCUCAUCUGGCUUUAUUGGCUGAGGGAGCCGGCGUACAGCUUCCAGGUCAUGUGGCCAGCAUGACUAAGCCGCUUCUGGUGAACCAGAGCAGUGCACGGAAAUGCCGUUUACCUUCCUGUCAGAGCGGUACCUAUUUAUCUACUUGCACUUUGACGUGCUUUCGAACUGCUAGGUUGGCAGGAGCAGGGACUGAGCAACGGGAGCUCACCCUGUUGCGGGGAUUCGAACCGCCGACCUUCUGAUAGGCAAGUCCUAGGCUCUAUGGUUUAACCCACAGCGCCACCCACGUCCCGUCUUCUAAAGCAAACCUACAUACAAAACACUGUAGAAGUUAUCACAGCAUAGGUUACUGCAGCCAGGCUAUCUCCGCUUUGACAUAUGCUGUCUCUUACUUUGCAUAUGAGAUAUUUUGAGAGUUGCUUGUUAGCCUGUGAAGUUGUCCACCUUCCUUUCUCCCUUUUGGAUGAUCAUGAAUACUUGCUAUGCAUCAGGGACAGUUGAUGCGAUGAUAGCCAAAUGUUGUGGGCUACAACUCCCACCAUUCCUGACCUCUGGUCAGGCUGAGAAUUGGGGGCUGAUGGAAGCUGAAGCCCAUGUCUGGAGAUGGGAGGCUAUGUUUGCUUUUAUCUAGCUAUUGGGGGGAUAUCAAUGGGAGUUGUACUUCAAAAACCUUGAAGGAGACCCCCGUGGACUACCUGUGCUAUAUAGGAUUUUGCACACUAAAGAUCUGUAAGGCAAGCUUGACUUUGAGCUUUUCAACCAUAACAGACUCUCCCCCAUAAAAAAAGUUUUCAUUUAGCUUUCUUUUCAGAGGAGGUUUUUUCAGAAAACACCAAUAUCCAAUAUUGGAUGCUUGCUUUAAUACUUUCUGCUUUUAAUGUGUGGCUUUCCCGCCCUGAGUUAGUAGCUCCUAGAAUUAGGGCUUUGUUUUGUUUUUAAAGUACCACUUUUUGAUUUAAUAAUGUACUCUGUUUAUCUGUAUGUGGAGAAAUGGCCCCCUUGUGGUUAGGAAACCAGCUGUUUAAAAUAUAGAUUUGUCCAGGGCUGAGAUGGUUUAUGUCCCUCUUUCCAUCUUCUCCCUCCACAGAGUGUCACAAAGAGUUAGGAAGCUAAACCCAUACUGCCCAUUUACUGUCUAUCCCAAAUGACAGCUGAACAAAUUCAAGAAGGAAACAACAGAGGGGUAUUAUGUUCUUGGAAGGAUUUGCACUCUAGGGAGCCAGUUUUUAGAGCAGAACUUGGCUGAAGGAUGAAAAACACGUUGUUUUAUUACCAUAAUUGAUGGAGGCGGUUGCGUGUUUGCAUUUCAGCAGAGGCUCCUGCAAUGUCGGCAAGCAAAGCUCGUAGAUUUUGCCUUCAUGUGGCAUUUCCAGCACACUUGGAGCCUGUAAUCUCAUUUCCCAUGCUGGGGGAGCAAAGCGUCUUUGAGUGCUGUGCUGGAGGUGCUUAUUAUAACUUGGUAUUAAUCUCCUUUUAAAAAUUGCAGUUCCCAGAGAUGGCAAGAUGGGAUGUCUGGGAAGCUCAACAGUAGACGACAUGUUCUGCAUGCAAAAGGGGCUCAAGAUCGACCUCAGGCUUUUGCCGUUUAAGGAUUUCAGCCAGUGUGGUUGGGAAAGACUAACCAUAUGGCAGGGUAGACAAUGCUGAGCUAGUGGGACCAGUCCUCUGACUUGAGUCACGUCCAAACCACACAUUUAAAGCACAUAUCAUCCCCCCAAGAAUACCGUGAGCUGUUGUUUGCCCCCCCUCUAAACUACAAUCCCAAAUACCACCUUUUGCACUGUUAAGUGGACAAUUCAAGAAGGUUCCAAACAAUGAAUGAGUAUAUAUUUUAAAAAAAAUAUUUUUUUUAUUAGAUUUUCCACAAUGAUAACACAAACCACAAAGCAAAAUGAUACACAAAAACAGAAAAAGGGAACAAAAAGGGAACAAUAAACAGAUAAACAAUAACAACAAACUUAAUUCUUCACAAAUCCAACCUUUUAAACAUCUUGGUUGACUUCCUCAAAUCCCUCCCUUCUGAGUUUCCUUGUAAUUAAAAGUAACAGCUUUCCAAUAUCAUUAUUAAACUAAAACAAUUUUCAAUUAUAGUCCAUUUUAUUCACUUUUCUUAACAUUCUAAAUCCCAUUUAUUUAAUUAUAACUUAGUUUAAUCCUAGGCCUAUUUGUUUCUUUCAAGUAAUUUCUAAUUUUUUAUAUUACAAUAUUUAUUCAAAUAGUCCUUAAAUUUCCUCCAGUCCUCUUGAAACUCCUCUUCUUUCUGGUUGCGGAUUCUUCCAGUCAGGUCAGCUAGCUCCGAAAAGUCCAUCAUCUUCAUCUGCCAAUCUUCCACUGUUGGUAGUUCUUGUAAUGAAUGAUUAUAUUUGUGUGCAGUUACAACAACAAAAUCUGCUGAUCCUGUUCUUCUAUACUGUAAUCUGUAUAGUGAUUGUAGUUCCACCACCCUCAAAGGCACACUCAGUGCCGGAUUUACGUAUAAGCUAAACAAGCUAUAACUGAGGGUCCCACUCUCUUGGCCCCCUCCAAAAAAAAAAUUAAAGAAAAAAAAUCUGGAUGUACAUUUCCAAAAUAUUAAUAUGCUUCUUCUUAAUUGUAUUUCAGUUCAACAAUUACUUUGAUAAAAUACAUAUUUUGUUAUGUGCAAAUGGCUUUAGAUACCUAUUAGGUCCAUAAAUUACCAUAUAGCAUAUAUUCAACACAAAAAACAGCGGCAAUUUGUUGUUGACAAAGGACAGCUGGACAUAUAAAGGGCCCCAUUACCUUCAGUAGCUUAGGGCCUUAUCAAACCUAAAUCCGGCCCUGGGCACUUGGUGGGGACGCAGGAGAGCGCCUUUUCAGUGGCUGCUCCCAGAAUUUGGAACUUCCCCCCUAGAGAAAUUAGACUGGCUCCCUCCUUGUUGCCCUUACAAUCGUUUAUUCCAAGGUUGUUUCAGAACUGUUUUUUGUUUUUAAAGGAAAAGGCUUUUAAUAGUGCUGUGCUGCUUUUACUACCUAUAUUUUAAUAGAUCUGUUUAUUAUAUUGCUUUAAUUCUAUUAGAGUUUAAUUAAUUCUGCGUGAUUAUUAGGGCUGGGCGAUAUCAGUUUUUCAACAUUGCCGUAUAUCGCCAGCCAAACAGCUAUGAUGUUGAAAAAAACAAGCUAUGUUGGCUAUGCCUGUGAGGUGCUGGGUGAAAUUGCCACAGCUGCUAGCAACAUUUGCUGGAGGAAGUCACUAGCAAAGGGACUCAGGAGCAGUGGCAGUUUCACCAGCGAUAUACCGCUGAGUGAAGCCGACAUUACAUUCUGCUCCUCAUACCAGUCCUGGAUGAUAUAUUGCCUAGGCCUAUUGGCUAUCCUUUAUAUGGUUUUUGCUUUUUGUAUUUUAUCCGUCUUUUAAUUUGUGUAAGCCAGGCAUGUCCAAAGUCCGUUUUGGGGCCUAAUCCGCCCCCCCCCAGCCAGUUUUAUCUGACCCCUGUGGCAGUUUAUUUAUUGGGGUCAAAUCCUUUAAAAAGCUCAAGAAGUUCAAUACUGAAAUAAGGUCAACAACUUAGGGGGUAAAAUUGUAAAAAAAAGGUUGGCCCUCAUGCAUGUUAACUUCAUCAAAUCUGGCCCUCUUUGAAAAAAGUUUGGGCACCCCUGGUAAGCUGCCUCGAGUCCCGGUGUGGGGAAAGGGUGUGGUGAUGAUGAGGAUGAUGAUGAUUUUUGAGCCAAAUUGAAUUUUCUGUGAGAGCAGUAAACAGUUCAGUUUGGGCUACUUUAUACAAAAGAAUAACAUCAUUAUCUAAUAGACACAAGUUGGGAUGAAUAGAUCAAUCUUUUUCUACUCCAUGUAAUUUACUUUUUCUUUCUUUUUCUUUUUUAAAUGCUUUAUUGGCUUUAAAACAUAGCAAAGCAGAAAACCUCCAUGCAAUUUUCAUGUGGGUUCAUUCAUAGGUGUAUUCUUUCUGGUUUGUGCAUCAUUCUGCAUUUUGGGGGGGGGGGAGAGAAAUGCACCUCGUGCCCACAACGGCUCCAUUCUCCCUCCCCUGUCUGUGGCAGUAUGCUCAAUGUCGAAGGAGUCAACACAGGCAAGAGAAAGUACUUCUAUACACAGUGCAUUGUUAAUCUAUCGAAUUUGCUGCCACAAGAUGUAGUCUUGGCCCCCAAAUUAAAUGCCUUUAAAAGAAGAUUAGGCAGAUUCGUACCAAUGACGACGAGAUGUGCUGGCUUCCAGGACCAGAGCCAUUAACGCCUCUGAACACCAGUUGAGGGGGAACCACUGUAGAAGAGAGUUAUUGCCCCCAUAUCCCACCUGUGGGCUUUCUGUAGUAAUCUGCUUGAUCUCUGUUGAAACAGGGAGCUGGACCAGAUGGGCCUGAUCCAACAGUGCUCUUUAUAUUGAGGUGGGGGAUGAAGCCAACUAAACCCCACUCACACUAGGCCCAUUGAAGUGAGUGGAUCGCAUUUAGUUGUGCCCUUUCAUUUCAGUGGGUCUACUCUGAGUAGGACUAACAAUGGGCACAGCUAUCUGUCUCUAGAAACAGAAAAACGUGUUCCCCGUGAGAGCAGUCGAUGGGGUUUUAUUUACCAUGUUCCAUUGCAUGGUUUUCUUCCAUUAUUUAGAGACUGCAGCCGAAGAAAAUUCAGCUGUUUUUAAUAAAGUCUGAUUUGCUCGUUGAGCAAUGCCUGGCGCUGCCAGCCAGGCUCCCAAUUACCAGGGUUUUCCGUAAUACAAGGCCUCCGAUCCUGCUGAGGCCUGGUGAAAGGGGGUGCGGAUAGGGGCUGAGGUCAAUGCAGACUUUCCUGAUCCGUAAUGAAUGUUUACCCAAAACGACAAGCGUAAAAUGGAAUCUUUGUACGGGCUGCCAACCCCCUUCUCAUCGCUACACCUCCCCAUUUUUACAGAGCUAAUUUGAGCAAAACCAAUACGGAGCUUUCCCUCAACAUGUCUUCACCAAUUUCAGCAGCCAAGAUAAGUCACGAGACUCUGGUAAGGUGACAGGUGGAAGGCCACGCUCCAAGUUUGCCCUCUGGGAAAGGAGCUUGGAAGCCUACACAAGCAAAACCUUUGUUAAAAGAACUUUAAUAAAUGGGCAGAGAAAUAGCCUGUCUCCAGCAUUCAGUACCCAUAUAAUCUGGUAAAAAGAACCAAUGCUGCUAUUCUCACCCCCAGUCAAGUCCUGUUUGAUGCUGUGAUGCUCUUAAGUUGCUCCUUAAUGUUGCAGUUUGGGGCUGCAGUUGAGAAUUCUGAUGACAGCGGGAGUGGAAAUUGCCAAUGUUCACUUAUUCAUACCAGAAAUCAAUCCUGCAAAUAUAGCUGGCUUUUCCGGCAGUUGUUGCUUUCAGUUUGCAAAGGGGAAAAAAAGAUUAUGUCUCCUCGCUCGCUAUUUGCAUUGUGUUUGCUCUGCAUUGAAAUGAUUGGGAUGGAAUAACACAAGGACAAUGUGGUUUUUGUACAUAACAGCGUAAGUUAUGUAAUUUUGCUGCAGCAGACCGUGCAAUGAAGAAUGUGGUUUUUGUUGGGAGGUGAAGUGCAGUGGAAUGGAAGCAGUGCUGCUUGCAACGAAGAUGAGCAGAAUGAAAAACAGUGUCUUCUAACAGAUCCCCCUGCACCAGGCCCUAUUGGAGCAAAUAGAUUUAUAUUAAAUCAUAAGUUGUUUUAUCAUUACCUCGAAGAAGGAAAGCUUUUUAAAAAAAAAUGUUUGAAAGAUUGGAGUCUAUGCUUCACAUUCAAGAAACAGACAAAUAUCUGGCAUUUGAGAGAGAACAGGCAUCUUAACACCCAGGUGACAGUGGAACACUCUGUGUGUCAGGGAGUUCCACUGGAAAAUGCUUUAUCCCUUUUUUUUGUGGGGGUGGAGGGAGAAAGUUUCUUCACAGGGAAUUUCUAACAGGAAGGCAUAGCUCUCUAAUUAUUGUGAUCUCUCCCCCUCCCUUUCUUUCAACAUUACAAUUUUUAUUUCUGGAAAGGUGGUUCUUGAUGGCACUAUGUUCUGGUUGUUGCCCUCUGUGCUUGGCAUGGCAUCCAGGGAAGUGGAAUGUUGGAAGAUUCAGGACAGACAAAAUAAAGUCCUUCUUCCCACAGCACAUAACCUAUGGAAAUCAGUCCCACAAGAGUCAGUAAUGGCCACCGACGUGGAUGGCUGUAAAAAAGGAUUAGACAAAGUUAUGAAGACAAAGGCAUGGUUAUCCAUGGCUGCUAGCCAAAAUCACAAUGCUCUACCUGCUCUGAUGGAGGCAGUGGUGCUUCCGAAUGACGAUUGCUGGAAACUGCAGGAGGGAAGAGUGCUCUUGUGUUUGGGUCCUGCUUCUGGGCAGCAUUCAAAAUUAGUCAGGUGCCAGGUGAAUUUUUAAAGGGACACGGGUGGCGCUGUGGGUUAAACCACAGAGCCUAGGACUUGCUGAUCAGAAGGUCAGUGGUUCGAAUCUCUGCAACGGGGUGAGCUCCCGUUGUUCGGUCCCAGCUCCUGCCCACCUAGCUGUUCGAAAGCACGUCAAAGUGCAAGUAGAUAAGUAGGUACCGCUUUGGCGGGAAGGUAAACGGCGUUUCCGUGCGCUGCUCUGGUUCGUCAGAAGCGGGUUAGUCAUGCUGGCCACAUGACCCGGAAGCUGUACGCCGGCUCCCUCGGCCAAUAAAGCGAGAUGAGCGCCGCAACCCCAGAGACGGUCAUGACUGGACCUAAUGGUCAGGGGUCCCUGUACCCUUUACCUUUAGGUGAAUUUUGCACCUGGCUGUUGGCCACAUGCAGCCAAGAGAAGAUUCCUGGGCACCAGGAUGGUGCCUAACAUCUCCACCAUCUGGAGGUGCAUGCCAGGGGAUUUAUGGAUCUUGUCUGUUUUCACACACUAACAUCCUUUAGAAUUCUAUCCAUGAUAUUUUAUCUGCACAAUCAGGACGAAUUUCAGAAACCCAAAAGUUUAAUUGAAAAAUACCACUGACCCCCAAAUGGCAAUGAGACAUUCUGUUUUGGCGACUGUAACCCUGGUUUAAGGAGCCAUUUGGCUCCUAGCUUAUAUAUCCAAGUUUCUAACACUGCUUCUGGGCUUCCCACAGUGGACCACUAUGAUAACAAGAUGCUGAGACUAGAUGGGACACUGGCCUGAUCCAUCAGAUAUUUCUUGCAUUCUCUUUCCCCUCCAACUACCUUUCUCUGCAGCAUCCCCUUCUAUCUCUCAGACCCCUAUUCUUUUCUUUCUCUGCAAUCCUACACACCUCCGUGGGAAUGAAGCUCACUGGACACACAGUCGAAUUUAUUUCUGAGUAAACUCACAUUGGCAAAAGCAAGCAAACAGAUAAACAGGGAAGUCCAGGAAUCCUGACAUUUUCAUUUUUAGCUGCAUGCUUUCCAUUGUGGGUCUAAGAGUAGGUGUUGUUUUUUUGGUGGUGAUGGUGGGGGAAUUACCAUAUUUUUCGCUCUAUAAGACGCACCAGACCACAAGACGCACCUAGUUUUUGGAGAAGGAAAACAAGAAAAAAAAUAUUCUGAAUCUCAGAAGCCAGAACAGCAAAAGGGAUUGCUACACAGUGAAAGCAGCAAUCCCUCUUGCUGUUCUGGCUUCUGGGAUAGCUGCGCAGCCUGCAUUCGCUCCCUAAGACGCACACACAUUUCCCCUUACUUUUUAGGAGGGAAAAAGUGAGUCUUAUAGAGCAAAAAUUAUGGUAAAUCAGGGAAAUUGCACUGAGGGAGGAACUGGUUGCCAGCCCCCUCUCAGCUCCAGUUCUUUGAUUAAAUUCAGAUCUGGCCACAUCAUCCUCAAAACAUCCAGAGAGCCAAUUGUGGACAUCUCCUUCCUUUUGGCUCUAAGUGACCUGGACAGACCAAAUUGCAUUAACCCCCUUUGGUGAAGACAGUGUUACUGGGCAAAUCUGGCCAUUUUGGUUUCUCUCUGUUACUCGUUUUCCCAGUUCAGUUUCACAGAUUUCCAUAUCAUUUUGAGAAUUACUUUAUUUAGAGAAGUCCUACUGAAAACCCAUCAGCAUUUUAGUGCAGAUUUUGCUUAAUAUGUUCAUUUUUGCAAGCAGUUUUCCCUAACAUAACAAGAAUUUUGUAUCUUAUUUUCACAAAUACAGGCAUUCUUAUCCACAGUUUGCACAUUUUGUACACAUUGCUUGGUUUGAGAAUUGCCUUGGAAAACUCGGAGAAGUGUGUUGCUUCAGGAAGUGCACAUCAGGGAGCUUUGCUUUUAAAUCCAAACCAAAUCAAUUUUCUCCCCAUCCCUACAGCAGAUCUCUUUCCGCUCAGCUUUACAGUCCUUCAUUUCCCUUCUCUUUCCUUCCACUUCUCUUUCACACCAGAAUUGGACUGUUUGUGAGUGUUCUAUUGCUACCAACUUCAUUUUCCUUGGGGGAGAGAACAUAACCUCAGUGCCACUAGUUGAAUGCAGGUAGUGGAAGAUCGGAUUCAAGAUGUGCUGGAAACCCUGGCUUCAGUUUAUGAUUUCUUUCAUCACGUAAUUUGGCAUGGUGUAACCUUAACCCUUUUUUGUGUCAUCUCUUCCUGCUUCCAGAUACUGAUAUAGGAGCUGGCAUACUAACGGAAAAUGAGGACCAAGAUGCCAGGGCGUUGGCAGUCCCCAAAAUAUCGGGAUUAGAACGGAGUCAAGAGAAGAGCCAGGAGGGCGGGAGAGAUCCGCUGCUUGACCCUGUCGCAGCUAAAGAGCUUUCUCCUCAGGUUUCUCAGGCUUGGACCCUGCCUCAUUUGGAACCUGCUUCAGAGGCAGGUUCUCCUAGUCCUGCUGCCAUCCAGCCAAAGGAGCCUCACCACCCAUCACAACCUGAAGCCCCCCAGAGACUGCAGGCCUCGGGAGAGGUUCAGCACUCCACCGGCCCCCCGACUCCCACACAGCGCCUGCCAAGGCCACCCUCUCCCGGGCAGCCUGCCCGUCAAAACCUGCCAUCUGCCCAGCUCCGCCCUCCCUCCCGCAGCCUCGCCCAGCAGUUGUCGGCAUAUAACAGCAGCAGCUUAAGCCUCAACAGUCUGAGGUGAGUCCUCUUGGGGUGCAUUUUCCAAGCAUCUGCUAUUGUUGAAGGUGCUACCUAGAGCAGCAGAGUGUGGUCCAUUAGGGCAAAUGGGGCACUGCCCCACCAACCCAAGGGAGCCUCAUGACUUCAAGGAGAUUUGAACCCGGAUCUCCCAGGUCCUAGUCCAACACUCUAACCACUGCACCACUCUGGCUUCCUAGAGCCCUUCUGCUCAGGGGCAGUUCUAUAAAUUAAGUAGGUAAAUUAAUAUGGGGAAAACAAAAUGUCACUUCGACAUAUUCUCCUUGAAGGUUGCAUUUGUUUUAUUCUGGGUUUUUAAAAAUGUUUCAAUGAGCUUUGAGAUGUCUUCUUUAAACUAUAAAGUGGUAUGGUAAUGAAAGCAGCAACAACAAAUUUAACUGGAGAUGGGUGUGCCUAGACAUUCCAUUGUGGUGACCAGGUUUAAGGUGCCAUUUGGUGAUUAGCUUAUACACCUCAGCUUCUAACACUGAAUUGACACCCACUACCAUUGAUCUGGAGUACGAUGUCCAGAUUUGUGUGGUUUGCUUUAAGAAGAAUAUAGACAAAAUGAAAUAGAUUCAGUCAGGAAUACUGAAGGAGCUGGGCAUUAUUAGAGAGGAGAAGGUUGAGGGUGUGGAGCGGGUGAUAGCCCUGUUCAGGGACUGUCACACAGAGAGGGCAAAGCCUUGUUCUCUGCUGCUGGUCUAGAGGAGAGGACGAGAUCCAAUGGGUUCAAGUUACAGGAGAGUAGAUUUGGGAGGAAUCGAUUGACAGCCAGAGUAGUCUGACAGUGGAGCCAGCUACUGGGGUGAGGCACGAGGGGAGCACUGCAACACUGGAGGACUUCAAGCAGAGGCUGGGCAGCUCUCUGUUGGAAGAGGCCCACACACAUUGGCUUGGGCUCCAUGUCAGAAGAAACACUGGAUAUAAAUGUGUGAAUGAAGAAAGCCUAGCUCAGGCCCAGAAACCUUCCUUUCUAUCUGUGAUCCUGGAAAUAGUCUGUGAGUCAGAGUGGACUAUGCAAGGUUAGAUAGGCUGCUGGCCUGGUAGAGGGAAGAUCUGCAUCUUUUUCAGACUCCUCCAUCCUGGUGCAGCUGACCAGAUAAUAGAGCCACAUUGCAUCACCAUUCCCGGAGAAAAAGAUCAGGCCAGGGGCAGGUGGGACAAGGAAGAGGAAGACUUGGUUGCAUUUCAUGGUACCAUGUUGGGUUAGAUGGUUCUCUGUUUUCUUCUUGCUUGGUGAUUCUCGCACCUUCCGGGAGCUCUGUUUCCUAACAUUUCCUCUCCACCUCUUUUUUAUUUCCACCAACAGCAGCAGCAGAAGCAGCACUCCUGCCAAGACUCAACCCCCUCCGCAUAUAGGCCACCACCCCUCAGCAUCCCCUUUCCCCCUUUCUUUGCCAAACCACAGCCCGCUCAAUACCUUUACCCCCACCCUACAACCUCCUGCACACGCCCAUCACCCCAAUAUGUUUGCCCCUCCCACGGCAUUGCCCCCUCCUCCUCCUCUGACGUCAGGGACAUUGCAAGUUCCAGGUCAUCCUGCUGGAAGUGCUUACUCAGGUAAGAGUGUGCAUAUACUUAGAUACUUUAUGCAAUGGGGCUACAUAGCUCAGUUGGUAGAGAAUGAGACUCUUAAAUCUCAGUGUCGUGAGUUUGAGCCCCAGGUUGGGCAAAAUAUUCCUUCAUUGCAGGGUUUGGUCUAGAUGGCAUUUGUGGUGUCUUCCAACUCUGCAGUUCUACGAUUCUAUACAUACAUACAUACAUACAUACAUACAUAAAAGGUAAAGGUAAAGGGACCCCUGACCAUUAGGUCCAGUCUGACCAAUUCUGGGGUUGCGGCGCUCAUCUCGCUUUAUUGGCCGAGGGAGCCGGCAUACAGCUUCCGGGUCAUGUGGCCAGCAUGACUAAGCCGCUUCUGGCGAACCAGAGCAGCACACGGAAAUGCCGUUUACCUUCCCGCUGGAGCGGUACCUAUUUAUCUACUUGCACUUUGACGUGCUUUCGAACUGCUAGGUUGGCAGGAGCUGGGACCGAGCAAUGGGAGCUCACCCCAUUGCAGGGAUUCGAACCGCCGACCUUCUGAUCAGCAAGUCCUAGGCUCUGUGGUUUAACCCACAGCGCCACCCGCAUCCCACACAUACACACACACACACAUACACAUAAAUACACACAGGGAUAGUGCAUUCUGGGAGAGAGGGAUGGAGAGGGGGGUGGAAGGGAAUUAGAGAGAUGAGUUGGGAGGGGGGAGUAAGAGGGGAAGGAAGGAGGAACCCAUCUCAGCAAUGGGAGCUGAUUCAUAAGGAUGAAUGGAGUUCCAUGACCAAAUCACUAGUCUCCCCACAGCCUGCUGCCACCUGCCCGCUUUCUUACUUACAAACAACCCAGUGUGUGGUCCUGGCUGUCUGCAUCCUUCUCCUAAGUCUCAGUGUUGUCCUUGGAGAACUCAGCAGAGAGGAUGAAGAUGGAGAAAAAACUGGAAUUAGUUGGUUCUGCCUGCCAUUGGCUUCAGCUACAGUUACUGAUGAUCCUACCAGCCCAGAUGGGCACCAGCCACCACUGCUUAUUCUGGCUGGGAGAUCUUAGGGUUCUACAGGGGCAAAAAACCCAAGAAUCGAUCUGACAAGCCAGAAGUCUGUCCACACCCACAAUACGUAUCCUUCUUAAAUUUUGGUUUGGACAUGUUUAAUGCAAGCAGGUUGUAUCAAAUUCCAGUAGGAGAAUUUAAAACAGAAAAGCAAGCUAUUCUGUUCUUCCUCUAGCACGGGGUUUCCCAAACUUGGGUCCCAGGCUGUUUGGGGACUACAGUUCCCAUCAUCCCUGACCACUGGUCCUGCUAGCUAGGGAUGGUGGGAGUUGUAGUCCAAAAACAGCUGGAGACGCAAGUUUGGGAAACUCUACUCUGGCACAAGGCUGAGGCAUCUGUGGCCCUCCGGAUGUUGCUGUCCAACAAACUCCAUGACCAUUGUCCAUGCCGGUGGCUGCUGUUUCAUGUGGGAGUCUAUCAGUACAUAGAGGGCCAUAGGUUCCCCAUCCUCAUGCUGGCACUAAUGGAGGAACAGAGAUGAAGGGAAACAUCCAUCUAUUAACAAAGAUCAAUUGCACAUUGUGGAAGUGUGAUUUCCCCCCCCCCCCCCAAAAAAAAAGGAAAAAGGAAAGACUGAGCGGUAUUUAAACCAGAAGGAUAAAACCUCAUGUUUCCAUUGUCUUGGUUUUCAGAGCAAGAUCUUCUCCGCCAGGAGCUGAACACCCGAUUUCUGGCUUCGCAGAGUGCCGACCGCGGCGCCUCGCUGGGCCCACCGCCUUACCUGAGGACGGAGUUCCACCAGCAUCAGCACCAGCACCAGCACACCCACCAACAUACGCACCAGCACACUUUCACACCUUUCCCCCACGCCAUCCCGCCCACCGCCAUCAUGCCAACGCCGGCACCUCCCAUGGUGCGUACCCCAGGCAGAAAUGUGAGGAUAAGUAGAGCACAACUCUCUUUGGAUCUUUUUCUUUCCUAUUGCAAAAGGGUGAUAAAAUUGUGUCAAUGGGGGAAGAUGUUCGGGUGAAGGAAGAGAUUCUGGGAGGAAGGAAGCAUGCUCCUCCCGCCUUGCGACUUGGGGAAUUCGGAAAGUGAGAAACGUUUGAUAUUUCUGGGAAGUUCUGUGUCAGAAUCUAGAGGCUCCCAUGCAUGUGGCUCCCCACCCCCGCCCCUUGUUUGCAAAAAAUGUGGUGCAGAUUGAAAGUGAGGGCCUAAAGCUAAACUUGAACCCUCCUUUCUAAUGUAAUUGCUUUCUAUGUUUUGGCAUGGAAGGCAGUACUGACAAUGUGGCACAAUGUGUGAGCGACAUCGGCCCAGAGGGUUGAUGGCCAUCUGGUUGACUGGCAUCCGAGUCUUACUUCAAACAGGCAGUGGGGCAGUGUCCUCCACUAAACUCAAAGGCAACAGAAACACUUAGUGGGUGCAACUCAGGCUGCCCCCCUCCCCCACCGCAUUUACUGAUUGGUGCCUACUAAUAGAAUUUAUUAGAGCUCUGAAGAUGUUUCAGAACACAGAUCCCUUCGUUCUGGACCAAGCUUAAACUCUUGAGGAAGAGCCAUGGAACAGAGGUAGAACAUAAUAAACUUCACAGGUUCAAUCCCUGGCAUCUUCCAGUUCCCCACUCCUUUGGCAUCUUCCCACCAUGCCAAGCUCCACGCCAUGUUGGAGACGCCAUGCUCUAGCUGCAGUGAAAACGUAAGCAGCAAACUUGCAGAACAGGAAGCUUUCAGUUAAAAGCACAGUAACUCUGCCAUGUCUUGAUUAUUUCAUACUGCUGUUCCACACUGGACAUUGCGAUUGCAUUUUACUGCCAAAAUAAAUGGUCGGAAAUCAGGCUUGGGGGAGGGGGAGGAUGAGAAGAAAAGACUGAUAUACAGCCAUUCGGUAAUGGCAGGUGCAUUCUUCCUAAAGGGUGAGUGAGGAAAUGAUGAUAUUUCACAGGGUGGAGGGACUAGUGUGGAAUGAACCUCAGUCUGCUGGUAUCACUGCUUUGUUUGCCUAAGUAAAGAGGUGGAAAAGAGGUAUAUGGGCCUCAGGAACCCAUGGCCUUUCCCCUCUGAUAGCAAGCUCAAGUGGUGAGUGUUGGAGGACAUGGAGUACAAAUGGACUCACUGAGAAACAUGAAGGAGCUGUCAGUAUGCUCAGGGAACUGCAGAGUUUGGGAACAGGCAGAUACACACACAUAAAAAAAAAAAGAUGCAGGCAAAUGAGUGACAGAUUGGAAAGAAAAACAUUAAAUGGGAAAAUGGAACAGGGUGGGGAGAGGGACCAGGGAAAAUGUCCUCCUUGCAGGGAAUGGCUGGCUGGAACACUGGUCAGAAGCAGUCCUGUUAUGUAGGGAAUAUAUUGUAGUAUUAUGUUGUUGGUCCCAAUCAUUCUACUUAAUUUGCACCUGGAAUUUUUGUUAUCCAAAUUGCUCCUGAUCUCUUCCUGCUCUCACUGCUGUCCAUAAUUUCAACUCUGAACACCUGCCAUUUUUAAGUAUAUCCUCCCCUUUCCCCACAUCUCCAUCGAUUUCCAGUUUUUUCACCAGUUCCCAACCAUUGACUGAAUCAAAGAAAUGUAUGCCCCAUUAGAAAAACAGCAUAAUGAGUUUGUGUUUUGAUCCUUUUUGCAGUUUGACAAAUACCCUACAAAAGUUGACCCUUUCUACCGACACAGUGUGAGUUCUUCUUACUGCCUUAAAAUGUAUUAAUUGCUUCUUUUCCCAUUGCUGGGCUGAGAUCACCACUCAGAUCAGUGGCAGAACAUCCCAUUUUCUGUUUCUCUCCCUCUCCCUUUCUGUCCAUCACUCUAAAAUGUCCAUCAUCAAUAUUGUCAUUUGCUUUAGCUUUUCGUCUUGUGAAAGAUGUGAUAUCUCUUAAAAAGAAAAAGCAAACUCUGAAGCUAUGCCUAAAUCUAGCUCUUUAAUCAGGGACUGGAGACUACAAAGGUGCCCAAAUUCUUUCUGCUAUUGCUGUCUUCUCUGCUCAUUUCAAUGGCACAAGCAGAUCUUUGUGACCAUUUCUCUAGCUUCCAAUGUGGUAAUGAAGAUAUAUGAAGUCCUGGGUUGAUGAGGGAUUUGUUUGCAUUUGAAUGAGAAACUACCUAAUUCACACUUCUUCAAAUUAUGUGCAAACCGAAACAAUCUUACCUUUGAAAUUCGCAGUUCUCUGAAUUUUGUAAUGCAGUUUUCCAACAAAGCAACAUGUACAAGAAUGUAUAUAAUAUGGGGAAAGCAUAGCUGUCAACUUACAGAUUUGAAAAUAAGGGACCAGCAGCCAAAAUAAGGGACCUGCAGCCUCACCUGUUCCAGGCACUCCAGUCUUCCUGUCCUCCAGCAGUCUGGUCAAACUCAUGCUGGUAGCUUCGAGAACACUGUCCAACCAACUUUGUAACCAGAGGUUCAGCUGAAUAGAAUCUGAAUCACAUGCACCACAAGGCCUAUGCAGCCUCAACUUAAGAUGGCUCCCUGGCCUGCCUUUGCACUGCAAAGUUUGCAGCGGCACGUGCAACAAAAUGGCAUCCAGCAUUCAAAACCCCCCUCAGCUUGCAUUAACUAGCCACACACAAGACAUGCACGCUCCACCCCCCAGUCGUUCUUAGACUUCUUAUUGGGUGAGCAACACAGCCAAGCAACACAAUUGGAGCCUCCCUCCUCCCUGGCCAGCAGGGAGGGAGGGAGAGGAGCUGCUUCCUUUGAAAUUUAAGGGACAUCAUUUAAGGGACAUUUAAGGGACAUCUAUCAAUAAGGGACAGCAGCGGGACAUGGUGCUGAAAUAAGGGACUGUCCCUUCAAAUAAGGGACACUUGACAGCAAUGGGGGAAAGUAUUAUAAAAAGGUCUGUAUUACUGAAAAUAGCAUACAAAAUGCAUUUUAUUGGGGUAAGUUGCAUGUAAAAAUGUCAAAACAGCAUGCAAAAAAAAAUGUUUCUUAGGAGAAAAACACACUAAAAUAUUGGUUUUAAAUGGCAUUUUUGGUAUUUUAAAAAAAUGCGAAGUGCUUUGAAAGAUUUGUUAAAUUUAUAUGGCCUCCCAUUAGAAAAAUUAUCUGGGCAUCAUGCAAAACCUCAUAAAGAAAAAUACAAAAUGCAAUAAUGAAAACUAACCAAAUAAAGUUAACAACAGCAAAACUUUCCUUCUAACAAAGACCACAUAAAAAUAUUUGCAGCUUACCUUAACACCACAGUAAAACAGCAAAGACCUAGGGUUGAUUUUCUGUAGGAAUGUCUUUGCCCUGAUAUGAAGGUAAAAAGGUAAAGGACCCCUGGACGGUUAAGUCCAGUCAAAGGCGACUAUGAGGUUGUGGCACUCAUCUUGCUUUUAGCCUGAGGGAGCCACCAUUUUUCCACAGACAGCUUUCCGGGUCAUGUGGCCAGCAUGACUAAACUGCUUCUGGCGCAACAGACCACUGUGACAGACACUAGAGCACACGGAAACCUUCCCACCACAGUGGUACCUAUUUAUCUACUUGCGCUGACAUGCUUUUGAACUGCUAGGUUGGCAGGAGCUGGGACAGAGCAGCGGGAGCUCACCCUGUUGUGGGGAUUUGAACCGCCACCCUUUAGACCACAACACCACCAAGUCCCAAAUGAAUUGAUUCAUUCAGCCCAUAUGAUCUCCCUUCACUCAGAGGAGUAGAGCACCUCCAGGCACAUGCAAGAUCCUUGUGCAGGCCUGAAGAGGCACAGAUAUCUACCUUGGGGCCUUUGUGCCAAAUGAACCUUAAGGAAUUGACAGCACCCUGAAAGCCAAGCUUUAUGGUUGAUCUAAAUGGUUAUACACCCUCCCUUUCUCCAAUAGGUGAGAAAUCACAGAAAGAAUCCAAAUGAGUGUUAGGUCAUUUGUGUUUCUCUUUCAUUGCCUCAGAUGUAUCUAACCUGAUGGCUUGUUCCAUUUCAACGGUUAACAGAGGUUAAAAGCUACAAGAUUAAAGCACUUGAAACUUUUAACUGGCAUAUUAUUAAAAAUGCAUUAACCAGUGGAUUUCACUUAAUGGGCCAGAUCAAGAGGUAUUAUGGUCUAAAUUUGUUGGCAAAGUAGAAUUGCUCCUUUUUCUUCCUUUCUUAAAACAUUUGUCGGGGUUUUUACCUUCGGUUUGGAAUGUGCUUUCUUAACACAAGAUGCUGAAAGUGUGAUUCAGGGAACCAUACGGCAUCUGUAUUUUUAACUAUGGUUAUUAUGUUAUUUCAUUUAAAGAAUGCUAUUCCCCCUCUUUAACUGCAUAAUUUAAAUUUAUUAAAUUUACAGCCCGCCCUUCCUCCCAAAGGAGCCCAGGGUGGCAAAUGUAAAAAUAUUAAAACAAUAUUAAAAAACCAUGUUGAGAACAAUUAAAAACAUUUUUUUAAAAAGUUAGGAACAAUCUACAAAAACGAGGCCAUUUUAAAAUGUGGUUGGUUAAUAAUAAUAACAAUUAUUAUUAUUAUUAUUAUUAUUAUUAUUAUUAUUAUUAUCAUCAUCAUCAUCAUCAUCACGCCCAUCUGGCUGGGUUUCCCCGGCCACUCUGGGCGGCUCCCAACAGAAUUAAAAGCACAUCAAACAUUUAAAACUUUCCUAAACAGGGCUGCCUUCAGAUGUCUUCUAAAAGUCAGAUAGUUGUUUAUUUCCUUGACAUCUGAUGGGAGGGCAUUCCCUGUAACCUCACUUCUUGCAGUGAGGGAAAUGCCAGAAGGGCCUCGGAGCUGGACCUGUCCGGGCUGAAUGCUGGGGGUGGAGACGCUCUUUCAAGUAUUACUAAUGUACCCUGAAAUGUGGCUUAAAAUACUUUAAUAAAUAAUUAAAAGCAAAUCUCAAAUAAAAGGUCGUCUACCGGGAAAACUAAAAACCUGCUAAACCAUUAAAGCCUUUGUCAGCCAGUGGAAGGCAAUUGUAGUGGUGGGACCAAGCUUCACAGGGCAAGGAAUCUGGCCACAACUGGAGGGCCACAGUUUCUCCAUUCCUUCUUCAGAGAGAGAGAGAGAGAGAGAGAGAGAGAGAGGUGAUGAGGAUUUUAAAGGAUUAAUCUAGCUAUUGACAGGUAAAGCAGUUCUGCAGGUAACAACUCAACUAAUUGCUAUAAGGAGUUCUACUCAGGCAGGCUGCAGAGGGACAGAUCUUGCUAUCCUUGAUCCACCAGAUCACAGGGUGAAGCCUUUUUACUAGAAUGCCAAGCAGAGGCAAUUCAGACUCAGAAACUGAGACUUGAACUGGCCACCAGCCCAGAAGAAACAGUACCUUAAAUAGCAGGUGGAAACAUGUUCCCAUGAGGAGACAUCCAGUUUUCAGGAGAAGACUCCUCAGGAGUCAAGAUCUCCUCACAAAUAAGGUCCUCUUCAUGAUGACACCUCUCUUUUGACAACAGAAGAUGGAGUUCAGCUGCACCCUGGGUGUGCUUCUGGCAGCUCCAGUUCAAGAGCCUCAGCACCAGGCUGGAAAAGCUGUUGGGAUGUAUUUGUAUGUCCCUUGCAUCAAACUUCCUGCCUGCCUGCGUGCCUGCAAGUGGACCUUGGGCUGCCAUUCAACUUUUCUCUUGUCUGAGCCCUCACCUGAGCCCCAGUUUGCCUGGGAUGGGAUCUUGGUCUGGCCUUGGCUGUUGGUGCUUCCUGAACCUACAGAAGCUGUGUUACUUAAAAGUUGUCCUGCAACUUGGGGCCCAGCUAAGAUGGGACAUUGAUAGCUCUCUACUUUGUUGACAAGAUGGGAAUCCAAGCCUUCAAGCAGCAGUGGCAGUUCCAAGACACUCUGAAAGGUCUCCAUCCUUUCCCACCGUCUAUAUUUUAACAACCAGCAUACAAUGAAAUUUCUAACUUCCCUUCGCUUUUGUGAACUGGCAUGUUAAUACAGAACAGUAAGCGUUAUGGAUGCUAGAGUCUUUAACAUGCUCGUUUUCAGUAUUAAAAAGUGAUUGCAACCCAAGACGCUUGCCUGCCUAAUGGGUUCUUGAGAGCUCCGCUAUUCAAUAUCAUCUAAUCUUGGAAACGUUUUCUGCACCAUUGGAAGCUCACUUUGAAGCGAAAUAGAAUUAAAAGACGGCAAUGAUCUAUGAAAGGAGUGGGGAGAGGAACUGGGCCAGGUGGUCCAGUGAAAGCCUUAAAAUUAUUGCAUUUUCUUAAUGAUGUUAAUUGCAAAGAGAGAGAGAGAGAGAUGCUUCAGUGUGCUUAGGUGCACCUCAUGGAACAAUACAAUGAAACAGACUAUUGUGCUUUUUUAGAUCUUUGGCUCAGGCAGGCAUCAUGAGCCAGUGGAAUACGUACAUUUGCAAAGGAAUUGCACUGAGAUUUUGUAGAAAAAGGCCUCAUCUGUUGGCCAAAGGCUUUUCCCAAGCCAAACUGCUUUAGGGCAAUUCAGGUAAAUUGACGAAGGGGUGCAAGGGCUCUGGGAUGCUGCCAGAGCCCGCACACUGCCUUCUCACAGCUGGGUAAGCUCAUGACUGCAGCUUUGCACAGUUCAGGGGAGGGGGAAUAAGUAAAUGGAAAAUGAGUUUGCUCUGCUCUCCAUUUAUUUAUUUAUUUAUCCCACCCCACCCCCAUGCAAAGCUGCAAUUGGGUAAGUAAAAUAAGCAUAAGAUGCAAACUACCUGUGUGUAUGUCAUUUUUGUGUGUGUGUGUGAUGUUUGUAUGGGUGGGCGGGAGGUUGUGCCCUCUGGUUGCACCCACUUUUGACCACACCACUAUUGGCAUGCAUCCCAUAUUGGAUUCUGUUAACGUCCUACCCAUGCCUUGUGGUGAAUGUUGGGUAGGGCCACCACUCAGUGCAUGCAGAAGGUCCCAGGCUGAAUCUCUAGCAUCUCCAGACAGAACUAGGAAAGACUUCAGGGCGAGACCCUGGAGCUCGAUAGAGCCAAGGGUUUGACCAGAAAAGGGCAAUCUAAAUGAUCAAGGGGAUGGAGCAACUGCCCUCUGAGGAAAUGUUACAACAUUAGGGUCAUCUGAAUUUACAGAAAGUACUAAGAGGAGUAAGAGGAGACAUGAUAGGAGUUUAUAAAAUUAUGCUCUCUCAGAACCCUAGAACUCAUGGACCAUGAAAUAAAGUUGGAAGACUCAAACCAGAUAACAAAUUACUUCUUCACACAGUUGAGCUGUGGAAUCUGCUCCCACAAGAGUCGGGGGUGGCCCCCAACUUUGACGGUUUUGAAAGAGGAUUAGACCAAUUCAUGGAGGCCCAUGCUAUCUGUGGCUCUGUUCUACCUCCACUGUUGAAGGCUGAAUUCCAGUGCUGGAAACCACAGACGGGGAAAGUGCUGUUGCACUCAGGUCAUUCUUGCUUAUCCCAGAGGCAUUUUAUUAGCCACUGUGAGAAAUGGCCUGAUCCUGCAGGCUCUUCUUAUAGUCUCAUGGCUCAAUAUUAAGGCAGCUUCCUUUGUUCCUGUUGUUUAACUGCUACAACUAAUGCAAUUGACAAUGAGAUCACGUUUCUGCUCCAGUACCUUCCCAUUGCAUCCUCUCUUUUUUCUGUAAUGCAGUAUUAUACUAUAGUAUAAUAAUAACCCUCAUUAUAAAAAUCCAUUCUGAGACAGCUCUCUACCCCUUACGCUUUCAAAUAAUCUGUUCUUUCCACACAAAUCUGUUCAUCUUGUCGUCUAACAUUUUGUGAAUGUCCUUUAUAUCCCUUAUUCAUUGCUGUUGUCAGAUGCCUUUGUCUUUUUCCUAGGCUUAUCGCCACCUCUUUUACCAAGUACCCAACAUCAGUGGUCCAGCAUUGAUUUUUAUGCAGUUGGAUCACUGACUGAUUAACAGCAGCAAUCAUGUGAACUGCAUAAUUCAUAAACUGCCUCCGUGUCUCUUUUGCUUUCUUCUGAGUUGAAAUUGCAUGAUGUGCAAUUAGAAAAUGUGUGUGGGGUCCUUUGCUGAUGUUAUCCUCCCUUUGUCACAGUUAUUCCACUCGUACCCUCCUGCUGUAUCAGGGAUCCCUCCAAUGAUUCCUCCAACUGGUCCUUUUGGCUCACUACAAGGGGCGUUUCAACCCAAGGUAAAUUGUAAAUAUGUUUUGUGUGUGUUGUGUAGACUCUUUCCUAUUUUGGACAUGUGGCUUUGUGGUCUCUUGCAGUCCCAGGUGUAUUCGUGAGGAGCAGCACUUUUAUUUGUGUUGGGCCUGCAUGGGGAACCUGUGACCCUCUAAAUCAGCGGUUCUCAACCUGUGGGUCCCCAGAUGUUGUUGGACUACAACUCCCAUCAUCCCUGAGCUCUGGCCUUGCUAGCGAGGGGUGAUGGGAGUUGUAGUUCAACAACAUCUGGGACCCACAGGUUGAGAAAGGCUGCUCUAGAUGCUUCUGGACUUCAACUCUCAUUACCCCUCACUGUUGGCUAUGCAGGCUGAGGCUGCUGGGAGCUGUAGUCCAGUUGUAGCCUGGAGGUCCAAAUGUUCCCCAUCUUUGGUUUUGGAGAUGGCUCUGCUGGGAGAGAUGAAUGAGUCUACAGGAAGGCAUUUCCUCCCUAGGUCAAUGUGGGGCACAAAAUACCAGAGUUUCCUUUGAGCUUGAUUGGGACUCAAACUCUCUUGGGGAUGAUAGGCAAAUCAGUUGAAAAGAGCUCUGCAUGAACCUUCAUCAUGUGUUCCCUUGAUUCACUCUCAUUUACUGAGGCGGCAGGGGAGGCAGAGGCGGGGUGGAGAGGUAUGUUGAUACUUGCUUUCCGGUAGGCUUCCAGGUGCUGGUUCUUGCUUUUAAAGGCCUAUAUCAGAGGUGUGGUGAAGUACCUUGGGGCCUUACUGGACUGCAGUCACCAUAAUCCCUAGCCAUUAGCUAUGUUGGCUGGGGAUGAUGGGACUUGGUUUCCAAGAACAUCUGGAUAAUCACAGGUUCCCCACCGAUUGGCAAAGUCUCAACAAAACAUACCUUGGAAAGUCUACACUUCUUGGUGAUGUUGGCCCAGUUAGAAAAACUUUUGGGCUGUUUUGUCAUUACAUUUUCAAUGUGAUUGCUGAUUGACUAGCUACAUUUGCACAGAAGAACCAAAAUCUGGUAGAGUGGGGGCAUACUUUGGGCUGAAGCAGCGGCCUAGAAUUAGCAGUAAACAAAAUUAGGCAGUAAAACUUCCCUGGGGGCAUUUUAGGAGCCCUGAAAAAGCAUCUUUUCAUCUGAAAAUGUUCACUUAUGAACAUGUGAUACAAUCUUCCAUUCUUUCAUUUUAUAUCUUCCCUUUCUUCUAUCAUGGAACUCAAGGUAUUCAGGGAUGUUCUAAACUAUUUGUUUCUGCUCUUUUAUACCAGGUAUUGUAUUUCUCAGCCCAGGGGUAGACUGACGUCAGUCUUAUGCAUUCUGCUUAAAGAACUGCAAUCCUCAUUGUUCACCAGUGUAUUUUAAAUUUAAUCUUUUGAGGCUAGAUGUUGAGCUGUGUUUGUCCAAUCUGAAAACUAUCCCCACUCCACCACUCAAGCUUCUUAAAUAUGUAGAUUGUGGUUCAUUAGUAAAGGUCCUCAUAUGUAUGAUAAUUAGGCUAUUAAGAAUCCAUUUGAGCUUAACCAUCUACUAGUAUUUGGCUGCGUGUAUGGCUGAUGUUUUUUAAAUGUUGUGUGGGGUUCUUCGCAAGUCAGUUUUUAACAUUCUCAUGACUACAUUAUAAAGCUCUGUUCUGGAAAGAAGGUUUUGGUGAUUCUUACUUUGUGAAUGGAGACAUCUGCCUCUACUGAUGUCAAAAUCAACAGUUUGGGAUUGAUGGAUUAUGUGUUCCAUCUGUUUCAAACCCUUAUCCACAUUCUCAGUCAGGUUGCCAAGACCUUCAGCCAUUUUCUGGAAGAGGACAGUUGGCAUCUUGUUGGCCACUGUGAUAACAGGAUGCCAGGCUAGAUGGACCUUUGGUCUGAUCCAGCAGGGCUCAUGGUCUUAUGUUCCCCUUUCAUUGGCUCUCUAUAUGCCCCAACGUUCUGCUGUUUCCCAACACUUGAAAUUAUUUCAGUACCCACAGCUACAUCCAGCUGUCUGGAUACGAGCUGCUUCCCCUUCUCUCUGACCCCCUUUAUUGGUGCAAACCCAAAUUGUUCACUGUUCAGCUCCUGUCCCUCACACUGUCCCUCUCUAGCUUGGAUUUUUAUCCCAGCAAUAUUCCAUUUGACUCCCCUUUCCCAACCCCCACCUCCAGCUUGGCAUUCCCUCCCUUCUCACCUGCACUAUCAGUGAGCCUGUAUUUUUUAUUAUGCUCCUUGCUUCUGUGUGAAUGGAAGGCCAUCAGCUCUGGUUGGAAUCCACUUCCCACCCUGCUGGAUGGCUAUAGGGUUGCCAUACGUCCGGGAAAUUUGUAUGGGAUACCCUGAACACUGCAUCCGCAAGCAGUGUCAGAGCAGAAUUUGGUGAAAUGUCCAGGAAAAUCCAUACGUAUGGCAGCCCAUGUUGGCUGUUUCAUUUUUUUGCCAAUUUUCCUCAGAAAUAGCUAAGAAAUGUUCAAUUUCUUUGCAAUUUUGCAAAAGAAAGCUCCACAACUUUGGCCAAAAAACCCUAGCAUGGGCGGUACUGUGGUAGGUAAUGCUGGAAGUUGUGAUCCAGGAGGUGCUGUCAGAAGAUAUACUCAAAGUGCUUCCAGGGGACUCCUAGUGGUUCAAGGGUAUAUUUGCUUUCGGACCUGGAAAAUAAAUAAGCAAGGCACAGUGUGAAUAGUGUUGAGGUGUGUGUGUGUGUUAGAGUGGGUACUCUGCGGCAUGCAUUAUCACCUCAACAGAGGGAGGAGGCUUCUCUCCAACAACAACUGUGAGCCCUUUGCAGAAGCAACACCUGAGAAUUGAAAACCUGUGAAGACAACAUAGUUUGUUUGUCGGGUUAGAAAAGAAGAAACUGAUAGAAGACAUGUGUGCAUCUUACUAGCUUGCUUUGUGCAACAGUGAGAGAGUGAUGGGUUUUUCACCAGUUAAGGCUGUUCAAUGGCAUCUUGUAACACACAAAAAGAACAGAUUUGAAUACUUACAAAUAUAACAGGAAAACAUGAUGAAACGUAAAAAGCCAAGAUCUCAUUUUCUAAAGCUAAACAGAUCUAUGACUCAUUUUAAGAGGUCUUUAACCUAGGACAGUCUUUAACCUAGGACAGAAAUUAUGACUGUGUGCACCAAGGCAAGGCACCCUGGAAAUGACAUUUCAGAGUAUGUGAAACUGUAGUCCAAAGGUUUGGAGCUUUGACCCUCCAGAUAUUUCAGGACUCCAAUUCCCAUCAUUCCUGACCAUUGUCCAUACUGGCAGAGGCUGAUGGGAGUUGCAGUCCUUAAAUCUGGAGGGCACCAGGUUUCCAUCUUCUGUAACUGAAUGAAUAGAUGGAUACAUAAUCUUCAGUUCCUUUCUUUUUUUAUGGAGACCCUCAUUUACUGCCUAACUAAUUCUUUUGGGGUCUUCUAAAAGUUUAAAAGUUUGCACAUAAAUUUACACUGCCAUUGUUUCUGUGUAUGUGACAUUUGUAGACUUCGAAUCCUAUUGAUGUUGCAGCGAGACCUGGAGCUGUUCCACACACCCUACUGCAGAAAGAUCCCAGGGUAAGUUCUAAAAUGUUACAGCCCCUUCAAACCAAGGGUCAUUAAACCAUUGAAUGAUGAAUGAAGCUGAGGUGGUUAUCCUAACUCUGCCCUUUAUUGCUAUUUGAUCUGAGCUUAAAUUGAGAAAGUGUGGAAUUUGGAAAACAUAAAGCACAGGGUCUAACUUUCAUGGACCUUAAGUGGGCUGGCUGUGAGUGGGAGUGCACAGGGUGUGAUAGAUAACCUGAGGGUGCCAGAGAGCAUAAGACUAUAGUACAGUGGUACCUCGGGUUACAUACGCUUCAGGUUACAGACUGCGCUAACCCAGAAAUAGUGCUUCAGGUUAAGAACUUUGCUUCAGGAUGAGAACAGAAAUCAUGCUCCGGCAGUGUGGCAGCAGCAGGAGGCCCCAUUAGCUAAAGUGGUGCUUCAGGUUAAGAACAGUUUCAGGUUAAGAAUGGACCUCCGGAACAAAUUAAGUACUUAACCCAAGGUACCACUGUAUCAGGACUACAGAUAGCUCCAAGCAGACAGGGUGUUGUGAUUACAUCUAGAGAUCAGCCGAGGUGUUUCAUUGCUCUUGGAUCAGUCUUCACCUCCAAGACUCCACCCACAUUGAGAAUAGCAGAAAGGCUUAAAGGUGACCUAGAGGUUCUUACAUCUCAGCCUUCUGCGUUUCUUUCAAAGGUUUGCAGGCUUUGAACAGCAUAAUGCUCUUGGGAGACUCUGUCUUAUGGGUUUCUGCCUCCAGGGGUUUCUGCUUUAGGGAGAGGGUCAAGGUUGACACACUUCAGCUCAGGUUCAGUGUUGAGGUCUGGGUUUAGGUUCAGCACUUCCACAGAUGACACUUUUUGUCCUCCAGAUGUCUUCAAGUCAGGGUCAGGAUGAUGAUGUUAGCCAUCUGCGAUGUGGAGCACCUGACCAUGUAUGGUCUUGGGAAGACUCAUUGACACCUCUAAUUAAAUGACGUUUCAGGUAGCAGGGUUAGAAAAGGCCUCUUCUUGUGACCCAAGAUGAGCCCUCCCAUUCAGCAUGGGUUUGAAUGGAUUUGAGGGGGUGGGAAGGGAGUCAAAAAGUAUUUUUGUAUGAAUCCUUUUUAUCCACAUUUGUUCCAGUGUGAAAAUCUGCACCACAGAGCAACCAGUCUAUACCAGUCUGUAUCAUUUGACUUGCUUUUUUAUAAUUGGGUGACUCGGAGCUGGUUUUAAAAGAGGAGGGGUAUGUGCAGUCCAGCAUUAACCAAAGUGGAGUCCUCCAGGUGUUGCUGAGUGAAGGUUCCUAUAAUGUUCAAAGAUGAUGGAAGUUGAGGUCCAACAAAAUUGUGGUUCACUCAAAUUCCUAUCAGACCCCUCAUAAUGUUCAGAAAUGAUGGAAGUUAUGGUCCAACAAAAUGGGGGAGGGGAGAGGGUUGCUCCUCCUGUUGUAAUAGUUACUGAAUUUUUUCUGUUAGCAAUUGUGUAUGGAAAAGUAAGCCUCUUCCAAAAUACUGCCCUCCUCUGUAUCUUCAAAAGGUCCAUCAAAAGGUCACUUUAAAAAAAAUUACUGCACUGUUUCCCAUUUUACAGUGCUAAAUUGAGUGAAUUAGCAGGCAAACUCCAGGUCAGAAUGCCUCUUGCGGGGCAUGUUUGGUAGGUUGUCAACACUUGGAAGCAUAAAUCCCGCAGAGCAGAGAGGGGGAAUCUGUGUCCUUCCAGAUCUUGUUAGACUCCUAACUCCCAUCAGUACCAGCCAGCAUGGCCCCACAGGUUGAGGGUCCCCAGAUGUUGUUGGACUACAACUCCCAUCAUCCCUAGCUAGCAAGGCCAGAGCUCAGGGAUGAUUGGAGUUGUAGUCCAACAACAUCAGGGGCCCACAGGUUGAGAACCACUGGUCACGGGUGGUGGGAGUUGUUGUUUACAACAGGGAGGCGCAGAGAUGGAAAAGAGUGAACGUGGGAGUAAUUUACCCUUAAGAUCAGGUGUAGGGACCUGCAGCCCUCCUGAUGUUGCAGAACUACAACUCCCAUCAACCCCAAUGACCAGGGAUGAUGGGAGCGGCAAUUUGCAACAUCUGGAGAGUAAAAAAACCUCCCCACACCUGGUCAAGAUGAAGCAACAUGCCUGCUAAGACUUUGAAAGAGACUACAAGCGAAAUGAAAAUGCUAAUAUUUUAAUUUCCAUUCUCCCAAGUGAAGCAAUGCAGAUUAGAUGAGCAACUGUUUGAGUGGCAAGGUUUCCUUUAUUGACUAUGUCUCUUUCUUUCUCUUUGCAGUUGACAGAUCCCUUCAGACCUAUGCUGAGGGUAAGAAGGCCACUAAGUCUUGGUUGACCUCUGUCUGUCUGUCUUUCCCAUCAUUCCUGACCACUGGUCCUGCUAGCUUGGGGUGAUGGGAGUUGUAGUCCAAAACCCCUCCCUAGGUGCUGGGGAGUGACUGUUCAUAUCUUGCUUCUUGGCUUCCAAGAGGCAUCUCGUUGGCCACUGUGAAAAGCAAUAUGUAGGGCUAGAUAGGCUUUUGGUCAAAUCUGGUAGGAUUCGUAUUAUGUCCAGCUUAUAACAGCCUCAUAAGAACAGAGGUUGCAUGUGGAAGAUGAGAGUGAAACUUGGAAUAAGGAGAGCUGCUUGGUUAUUAGGCCAUUUUAAAGGUUGUAUAUCCAGUUGGAAAGAACUGAUGACAUACAUACAUAUAAAUAUGCAUACGUAAUUUUAUCUGUACGCCACCUUUCCAUUGUUAAAACCAUGCUCAAGGUGGCUUACAACAUGAAAAAAUGCAUAGUUACAAUGUAACAAAUGUAAUAAAUAAUAAAUAAAGCAUCCAAAAAUACACAAUCAAAUUGAACCAUUUCCACAUAAAUCACAGUAAGAUCUAAAGAUUAAAGAUGCAAAAAAUUAAUAUCAAUAUCAGCAACAACCCCCUUCGAACAAUACCCCAACCUAAGGGUCUGUUCAGCAGCCUCAGCUUUUGUAGAUGGAGUCAGUCAGGAACCUGCCCUCCCAGGUGGGAAAAGGCCUGCAAGGCAGGGAGCAGGUCUUCCAGGACUCAUAGCUAAGAUUAGGAGAACUUGAGCUUGCCUUUCUCAAGGGUACACUGAGUAGAAUUGCAAUGUCAGGAUAUGGAACAUGAAUGUAUCACCUUUCUGGAAAAGGCAGAAAUGUGCAGAUGCACCCCAUUCACAAAAUUCACAUUUUUGCCAAGUCCUUAUAAAAGUGUGCUUAUUGCAUCCCCACAACAAAAUGUUUAACUACUGAAGACUUGGAUUUUAGUGUAUUUUUGGUCUCUGUGGCAGCCGCCCAGAGUGGCUGGGGAAACCCAGCCAGAUGGGUGGGGUACAAAUAAAUUAUUAUUAUUAUUAUUAUUAUUAUUAUUAUUAUUAUUAUUGGAGCGUGAUGUGUGCAUUCAAACAUUUGCCACAUUGAUACAGUAAAGUCGUCUCACUGGGACUUUGACUUGAGUGUAUGUGGAAUGCCAUUUAGGAUAGGGUUCCCUCUUAUAAAGCAAACAUGAGAUGAAUGCAGCCAUAGAAGCACCAAUCAUAUGCAGCAUUCGGACCCAUGGGAAAGUCAAUUUACUGUGUCAUGUAGGGGCAUAAUAUAAUUAACCUCACUAAGUAGCCAGAUUCCACUUUCCCACUUACCAAUAAAUCAGUAAGAGCUUUACAACAGGGAUCUACUGUAGACCAGUGGCACUUCAGAUGUGGUUGAACUUUGAUCCUCAUCGUCAUUGACCAUUACUAGCUGGACCUAAUGAGAGCUGGAAUCCCACAACAGCUGGAGGCUACAGAUUUCUUAUUCCUGGUUUGCAGAGUACCACUCUAUGCUCACUUCUAAUGUCUGAAUUGUCUCCUUCACCAGCUCAGUCUGUUUCAUUAUUUUCUUAGUGCAUGGCUUUGAAAGUGCUUGACAUAGUGCAACUGAAGCAAAGCAGGUCAUGGUCUGGCCAGGGCUUGGACUGGAUGACAACCAUGAGAGUGAGAUGAGAGAUUUUACAACCAUGAGAGAUUUUACAACCACGAGAUUUUUACCAUUUUAAGAUUCAUAAUGGAAGAAAGGCAGGGCAUUUAAUGUAAAAAGUAAUGGCUGUUAAAUGAGAAGAGGCUCAGAUCUUACUGUUAUGGCUAAGUGGUGUCAUUUUCAUAGCCUCUUGUGUUUUUGCUUCUUUUACAGAAACCAGGAAAAUGGUGCGCUAUGCAUGUCCAUAUUGCUUGGCAAAUAUACCAUCAUCAACAGAAAGUGAAGGUGAGUCCCUUUGGGCAAGUGAAACCUUCCUAAGGGAAUACAAAGGAGCAUGUUUAGGGGGAGGGGCCAAAGCUACACAGCCAGAGCAUGUGUUUUGUAUAGUAAGGUGCAAUGUCCAGUCCUUGGCAUCUUAGAUCACAUAGCAGAUGAUGGAGAAGACCCUUUGCUUCCCAACAGCCACUGCUAGUUAGAGCAGAGCUAGGUAGUCUGACCUAGUCUAAGGUAGCUCUUUAUGUUCCCCUGUAUUUUGCUCAUUAUUGAUUUAUUUAUAAAAAAUAUUUGUAUGCUACUAUUAAAAAAAAUUAAUCAAAGCAGUUUACCUCAAACAUACAUACAAUAAAAGCCAUGUAAAAAAUUAAAAUCAAAGAUCAACUCUUACCCAUAGAUAUUUUCUUAAUUCCACGCAUAAACUUGGUGGCAUAGAAAAGUUUUCAGCAGAUGUUUCAAAACUAAAACCAAAGCCAUCUGCUUAAUCUCUGUUGGCAGAGCAUUCCACUGGGCUGGGCCAAUGUCUUGUUCAUGAUUGUGGUUUGUUUCCUGUUUGUUUUUCCUAUUACAGAAACAGAUGCAAUCAGAUCCCCAUAAACUGGAUUUUGGCCUGAAACCUGAAUUUCUGAGUCGGCCACCAGGUCCUAGUCUCUUUGGGGCCAUCCACCAUCCCCAUGACUUAGCUCGGCCCUCCACUCUCUUCUCUGCAGCCAGUGAGUAUGCAUAUCACUGAUCCAUUAUUGAAGAACAUAGUACAAGCCUGCUGGAUCAGGCCAAAGACCCACCUAGUUCUGCAUCUUGUGGUGGCCAAGCCGAUGCCUGUGAGGAAACUCACAAGCAGGACCCAGUCACAAGAGCCCUCUGCCCUCAUGCAGUUUCCAGCAACUGGUAUUCAGAAGCAUUGCUGCCUCUAACAGUGGAGGCAGAACAUAGCUAUCAUGGCUAGUAGCCUUUGUUAGUCUUGUCCUCCACAAAUUUGUCUAAUCCUAUUUUAAAGCCAUCCAAGUUGGUAGUUGUCACUGCCUCCUUCGGGAGCAAACUCCAUGUGUGCUGUGUGACUAAAUAAAAGGUGGAAAAAGCAAGUAAGGAAUGUGGCCAGUCUUCUCAGAGCAAUUCUGAAGGAAAACCGAAAACAUGCAUAGGAAUAAUCUGUCCUGACUACGAGUCCCUGGGGAUGCCUGAAGCUGUCUUAGUCAGGAAGGGUCAGGCUGGAAUUUCAGGACCCUGGAUAGCUCUGAGCAGGCAAAUCUUUCCAAUGAUUCACUGCUCCCCUCCACUUCCAAUUGGAAUCAAGUGUGGGUGAGAGUGCGCCCACACCCUUAGUCACACCCGUUCUGCAAAGCCUCACCACCCUCUAUGUGUGGGGAGCUGAAUGUCUGCCGCAAGGAGCCUUCCAAACUUGUGCAGACUCCCCAUGCAAUUUCAGAACCGUGCAUAACCAUGGCUUUAAAGCUGGUUGUCCCAGGAUCUACAAUGUGCAAUGCGAGUGUAGCAUCCCUGGCAGAGGGCAGUCCGGCCUCUGCUUAAAUACUUCCAGCAAAGGAGUCUCUCGAAAGCCUCCUGUAGAGAGACAUGCUGGAAGUGUCCUAAUGAUACAUCUGCAUGAGAUCAGGUGACAAGACCAACACAGCAUCUAGGUGAACCAAAUUUGGAAUGCAAUCCCAGUUUUGCCAGAAACACCUGUGUACGACGUCCAGUGACUAUAAACACGUUUGUCAGCCAUUUUUCAUCAAGCUGUUUACUGGGCUACAAGGGAAGGUCUCGAUAUACAGUAUACCCCUCAGUUCUAGAAGACAGGACCUGCUUUCAGCAUUGUGAUAUGUUGGCACUGUGUAUCUUCUCUGAACCUGCUAUUCAAGUGUUGUUUUAUUUUUGCUUUUGAAUUUGUCCUGAUAGGUGCUGCCCACCCAGCCGCACCCCCUUUUGGCCCUCACCCCCAUCACAGCAACUUCCUCAACCCUGCUGCUCAUUUAGGUAAGUAGGCAUUACCAACUUGUAAUAAGCUGCCAAGCAACUGUGCCAAUGGGCCCAUCACCCUUGAGAGCAUUUUUUACAUGAUUUAGUGCAGAAGGAGCCAACACAAUGCCCUCCAGAUGUUGCUGUACAUUAGCUAUGCUGACUGGGACCGAAGGGAGCCAGAGUGCAUCAGGACACCACAACAUGGGCUCCCUCUAAGACCCCAUCUAAACCAUACAGUGGUACCUCGGAUUACAGACGCUUCAGGUUACAGACGCUUCAGUUACAGACUCCGCUAACCCAGAAAUAGUACCUUGGAUUAAGAACUUUGCUUCAGGAUGAGAACAGAAAUUGCACGGCGGUGGAGCGGCGGUGGCAGGAGGCCCCAUUAGCUAAAGUAGUGCUUCAGGUUAAGAACAGUUUCAGGUUAAGAACGGACCUCCAGAACGAAUUAAGUUAUUAACCUGAAGUACCACUGUAUAUUUUAAGCAGUAUCAUACCACUUUAAACAGGCAUGCCUUCCCCCCAAAGAACCCCGGGAACUGUAGUUUAAGGGUGCUGAGAGUCAUUAGGAGACCCCUAUUCCCUUCACAGAGCUACAACUCCCAAAGUGGUUUAUCAAUCUGACACUCCCCCCCGCCCCAUUUAAAUGCCGACAGUGAAGGAGAUCGCACCAUCUCCAGAGGCCAUCAGUUCUCAUCAAAUAGCUCUUAUAAUUAGGAAAUUUGUCUGAGUGUCCAGCUAUUUCCCUGCAAUCCUAGUCCUGGAAAUUCUGCUUCAUCUUUUGCAUUUCAGCCCUGCAGAUACACUUCAUGGGGGCGGGGGCAUCUCGUGACAUUCACAUAUUCAGGAGUGCUAUUAAAUUUAUAUUAUUUUCACGUCGUUCUUCAAUUCACAGUCAUUUGGGCAGCACCUUAAAGAAGGGAGUGAAACAAAAUACACUUUUUAAAAAAGAGCCAAAAGAGGAAAAAAUACCCAGCAGGGGAAAAGAGGCAGGUGUGAGGAUUAUAUAUAUCUGAAAGGCCAAAGGUUGCGUGCAGCUGCUGUAGGAUUACAAUUGCCCUCUUUGGGAAAGAAAAAAAUUAUGAGUUUUGCCAGUAGAAUCAAUAGGAGAACCUUUGCCUGGUUUAAAAGAUCCCUGGAAUUCCCCCCUUCCUCCCCCUGUUCUGUAAUAAGGGCUGAAAGAGAUUUUGGGGAGCAUAUAUGUGGAGGCGGAGAGGGAAGAAGGUUCUGUUGUGCAAGAGUAAAUCCUUGUGCUACUGGAAUGAGUGUACUGGAAACUGCCCAGGGUUUAUUCCUGACUGCAGCUUAUCGUUAUGUGAGAACGAGGCCUUUGCUAUUUAGUGAGAGUGCACACACAUAUUCCACUUCUGACAUUUCAAAAUCUGCUGUUCCUCCUAGGAAACAAGCAGAGUGGAACUCAAGGGAUAUAAGCGUUAUGAGACAAUAUUGGGUAGAACUGGGGAGAGGCCACUUCUUUCUUAUAUUGGGGGUUAUGAGGCAGGACACUGGGAUGAAAAUAGGGCAUCCACCCUAAAGGAAUCACCUACCCAAAUUAUCCAUGGGUGACCCUGGGAAGAAUGCUGUAUCCACCUAAAUUUUACUUGGAAUAGACCCAUUGACCUAUAUUAGCCAUGUCCAUCAAUGUCAGUGGGUCUAGAGUCGAGCUUGCAUUGGAUAGAUCAGGCUUCCUCAACCUUGGCCCUCCGGAUGUUUUUGGCCUACAACUCCCAUGAUCCCUAGCUAGCAGGACCAGUGGUCAGGGAUGAUGGGAAUUGUAGUCUCAAAACAUCUGGAGGGCCGAGGUUGAGGAAGCCUGGGAUAGAUCAUUGUGUUUUCUUUGUAACACACAUCUAGCCAUAAAUGCUCCAUCAUAGGUAACGCCCUUCCCAUUAGUCUCUUUCCAUUUGGUUUCAGAGACAUUUAAUCGGCCCACGACGUUCACCAGCCUUGCAGCCGUGAGCGGCAAUGCCUUCGGGGGACUCGGGAACCCUGCCGUUAGUGAGUAAAUUCUCCCAGCUGUGGCUGUGUUUGGUUUGCAUUAUCAUCAAGGAUGCUAAACCAUGGCUAAUUGGUGUCCCCCCAAAAGGAAAGGACUGCCUCUGUUUCUCAAAACCCUUGGGCCUCCUGAAACCCUCUUCUGUGGCCUAGUUCUCACAGGUAUGGAGAACCUGAGUCUAGGGCAGGUAUGAGGAUCUUAAUGGCCCUGCAGGCAGCACUGGACUCCCAGCAUCCUUGACCACCCUCUUGACCAUGCUGGGUGAGCUGGUAGGAGUUGGGAGUCCAAGAAGUUAUAGAGUUAUAGACACAGGUUCCUCACUUCUGCAGCACUUCAGACUAUAUGUGGAGGGCUCAACAUGCAUGCAUGCUCCUCUACACAUACACAAGUAGUCUGCUGCACAUAGAAAAGCAGCAUGUUGUCCUUUCACUUGAUAUACUAGCCUUCUGUAUGCAUGGAGCAUUCACUGACGUGAUGCCUUGCCUGCAGUCUGAAGUAGUGAAAUUUCAAGUAGUAUUGCUUAUAUAAAAAUAAUAAUAAUAACUGAAACUGGGUAUACACAUGAGAGUCAUAAAAUGUAAAAGAACUCACCAUGUGCAUUGGGGGAGCCAUCACACCAUGAAAUCCCUUCAUCAAUAGUUCUGGCAAGCAGUGGUCUCCAAUUCACGUGGUGAGUUGUACUAAAUGUUAACAGGGGUCGGCUGGGUUUAUCUAUUUAAAGAAAACUCACCAUAAAGAGAAUUUUCAGAAAAGACGUUACCCAGUGUAGGCUCUUUUCAGACAUUGAAAUGCACAGUUGAGUCCAACCAAGGCCUACUCAGAGUAGACUCACUGACUUCAAGGACAGCCCCAAGUAGAGUGUGUUGAAGUAGCCCAGGAAAACAACUGAAGCCAAGCUAUUCUGAUCUAGGAUAUACACCUCACACAGUUUUGCCUGUUAACUGCAGUCUACCAAAGGGUGAUUUUUUCAAAGAAGGGGUAAUCCCAUUCUGGAGAAGAAUUUGUCUACUUUGGGUGCUCUUGCAUUAUUUCUGGUGAGCUGCUAUAUCUUGUUUUCAGGCCUGAUCCAGUCUAAUUUCACCUACAUCCCCAGUCCCCGAAAUAUAAAAGUUCGAGUAAUAUAGCAUAUAUAGCACUCCUGCUUUUAUGAAUGUUUUGUAAAUUGUGGAAAGUUCUGGUACAUUCUCAAGCUACUAAAAUAAAAAGUGGUCAUAUUUAAAAGGGCUUUUAUACAAUGGGAUUUGCUUGCAAAUCAUGCUAACCAACAGAGAAAUCCACAACUUUUGAAAAAUGGGCUUUCAUGUUUCUGAAAAUUAUGAGAUGGAGCCUAGAGGGUUGUUUCCAGUAUAGGCCAUCGACAGGGCCUACUCCCUUGAGUUGGAAAACAAAUUCUAGCAAGUGGUUGACUACAUUGGUCUUGGAUACAGUGUGGUCUAGCUGAGAGAACCCAAAAUCAUGGAACAGCUGUUAAAUUGGCUCAUCUUCGACUCUGAAGAGACUCUGGAUUUGGGUUUAUACAAGGCCCCAUCUGCACUAUACAUCAUACCACUUGAAUCAACCAUAGUCCCCCCCAAAAAAAAAUAAUAAUAAUGGGAACUUUAGUCUGUUAAGCAUGCUGAGAGUUGUUAGGAGACUCCUAUUCCCCCCACAGAGCUGUGUUUCCCAGAGUUCCCUAGGAAAAGGGAUUGAUUUUCAACCAUUCUGAAAAUUGUAGCUCUAUGAAGGGAGUAGAGGUAGAGGUCUCCUAACAACUAUCAGCACCCGUAAUAGACUACAAUUCUCAGUUUUCCUUGGAGGAAGUCAUGGCUGGUCCAAUCUUGUUCCUAGUUUUCCACUGUCAUCUCCUUCUUCUUCUUGUUUUUGUCCUGGUGAGCCUCUGCCUUGUAUUACUGUGUUUGUGUCCCUUUUUCUGCCACUGCAGAGGUUUUUGUGAUGAAUGACCAUUAUACUUGCUUAUUUCUUAAUGUAUCUAUUCCUUUGGUUUUCUCUAGUUGUGUCAGCUGCUUGCUGUGAACAGAAAAGCCACAGUAUAAGUGGUUGAAAAUAAAGCAGGGUUCUAGCCAAUGUAAUCCAACUCAGAGUAGACCCAUUGAAAAUAUUGGGUAUUGCGAACUUGGAUCUACUCUGAAUGAAGCUUAGUUGACUUGGCUGUAUCCACUGCAAGUCACAACUAUUGAAAUUAAUGACUAACCUAGCUCCAUUCAUUUCAGUGGAGCAGAAGUUAGUUGAGAUAGCUCAGCUGGUAGAGCAUCAGACUCUUAAACUCAGGGCCAUGGGUUCAAGCCCCAUGUUGGAUGAAAGAUUCCUGCACUUUAGGAGGUUGGGCUAUAUGAUCCUCAUGGUCCCUUCCAACUCUACAAUUCUGUGAUUCUGAAUACACCCCAAAUAUUCCAACUGCACCAAAUUAUCAGAGGCCAUCUUUGGUUUCCAGUGUUUGUGCCACUAGUAAGUGAAGAUGUCAGAGAAUUCCAAUAAAAGCAAAAAUUUCUGGUAUUCACUUGCCCAGUCCCAGUGGAAUUAAUGGACAUGACUAGCUUCAAGUCCAUUAAGUCCUGUGGGUCUGAGUAGUACCUGAUUAGGUACAACCCAAUAUGAAAUCUGAAGACUGAAAUGACCCAACCAGCCAAAAUGAUGGAGUAUCAUUUCAAAUACUGGGCAAAUAAGGCACCCAGAAUGGAUACAGGGCCAGUACCCAUCUUACCUGCUUUCGGGUUAGGGUAUUCCAAAGCUGAUGUGCCACCCUCAAAAAGGCAGUCUCUUUCACAGAUGCAUAAUGCACAAAUAAGAUUGAAUGGCAAGUUGCCUUCCGAAUGUGAGGAUUACCCAAUUCUAAUGCUUAUCUGUUAAUCUCCUUUCCUUUUUCCAGCUCCCCAAUAUAUGUAUUCAUUUUAAACUCUGAGUGCUGUAAAAAUAAAAAAAAAGGUUGGGUUUGAUUGGUAAGUACCAUCGACUGAGCAAAUUGCUUCUUCUUUUUUUCUUUCCCCCCUUCACCAUUUCAGCGCCCAACACUAUGUUCGGCCACAAGGAUUGCCCCAGUAUGCAGAGCUUUAGCAACCCACACGAGCCCUGGAACCGCCUGCACCGAACUCCUCCUUCGUUCCCGACCCCUCCGCCCUGGCUCAAGCCAGGUGAGCUGGAACGCAGUUCGUCUGCUGCAGCUCAUGAGCGAGAUAGAGAUGUAGAUAAAGGAGACUCUUCUCUUAGUAAAGAUGACAAAGACAGGUAUGAAAGAACACUUUUCUGAGCAUCGUUGAGCGCAACGCCGGGGCAAGGAGCCGACAGGCUUGUCAUUCCUACUUAUGCAACUACCGGGUCUUCCCAGAAGUUCCCUAAUCAUCGGUCAUGCUGACUGGCUGCAGAGCCCUCUUCAGACAUAGAAUGGAACUGCAGCCAUAGUAUCCCCCCCUUGAUUGGCAGGCUCUGCGAGAAAACUCUGGAUCAGGGGAGGCUGGUCCAGGAGGGCAAAUAAGGCACUGUCCCAACAAGCUCAGUCUGCUCUGAGCCAGCUCCAACCUGCCUGCCCAUCUACUUAUAACCAGCCCAGGUGGUGAUACUGCCAUUCUCUCAUGAUCACCUCUCACAUGGGCAUGUUUGAUAGGGAUGCAGAAGAGGGCCUUCUCAGUGGCUGCUGCUAGGCUUACUAGAGGCAUGCUCCUAUGUUGUAGAUGAAGACUGUUCCUUCAGGCUUUAGGGAACCAACUACUUUUUUAAAUUAUACUAUCCACUUUUUAAUAGAUUUGUUUUGGCAUUGUUUUAAUUCCAUUAUAGUUUAAUUACUUUUAUCUAUUAUUUCCUGGGGUGGUGGGAAGAGGUAGGAGAUGAUAGAUGAUAGAUAGAUGAUAGAUAGAUAGAUAGAUAGAUAGAUGAUAGAUAGAUAGAUAGAUAGAUAGAUAGAUAGAUGAUAGAUAGCAUCUCCACUGAGAAAGACACCCUAUCUGAAAGCCUGGAGAGCUUUUUGCAGUCACUGUGUAGACAAUUCUGGGCUAAAUGGACUCACCAUAUGACUCAGUUGAAAGGCAGCUUUCUAUGUUCACAGUUAGUGUCCCACUGAAAACUAGUUACUGGGAGACAUGCCAGAUGGUUGACACCUGCCAGUUGAACUUGUGAGAAAGUAUCUGGCUGGAUACUUUUGGAAACAGGAUCUUGGACUAGAUAGAAAUUUUAUCUUACACAGUAGGACUCUUCUUAUAGAAAAUAUUGUUGUCGUCCCGGGACACAACAAAGUGUGUGUUGCCAUCCUAACUCACUGUAACUCAUUUGGACUUCUGAGUUGUCAACUCUACUGAAAUUAAAGAGACUUCAGUGUAUGGUAGGUGUGAUGACAAUUGAUCCUUCAGAUGUUGCUGAACUACAGCUCCCAUCAGCCCUAGCAAGCAUGGCCGAUGGCCAUGAUGAUGGGAGUUGUAGUUCAGCAGUACCUGGAGGGCCAAAGGUUCUCCACACCUGGUGUAUGCUAUUGAGAAAUGAGUUGCAAGCUUUGGGUAUAGACCUCUACUUUCUGUAGUGUCCUGCAACAGAUGACUGUUGUGCUUUCCUUCAUCUAGGGAGAGUAUAGAGAAAAGACACUCCAGCCAUCCUUCUCCUGCACCUGUCCAUUCUGUGAGCUCCCUUGGACAUGGCCGUAGCUCAGCUGAGCAGAUAAGGAGCCACCUGAACCCAGAGAUACGGGAAAAAGAGAAACCCAAAGAGCGCGAGAGGGAUCAGUCCGAACCUCGGAAAGAUGUUAACGUUGAUGAGCACAAGGCAAAGGACAACUAUAUUUCAGACAAAGAAGGUCUAACCCAUGAGAACAGGCCACUGGAAGAGUCUAAGCAAUCAUCUCGGGUACCGUCACCCUAUACCAGGCCUGCUGUUGUGGAGAACACCAGACCUAACAGCACCUCUAGCCGAGAUACCGAGAAAAAGAAUGAGCCUGCGUAUGAGAGUCUGAAGAAAUCCAGCGAAGUUAAAGUGAAGGAGGAAAGGAAGGAGGAUCAUGACAUCCCACCUGAAGCUCCACAGACACACAGGCCGUCUGAACCACCACCACCACCAAUGCCCACCUCCAAUGUUCAUCCAGGCCCUUUGGUGUCAAUGCCCAUGUCUGUGGGUGUCACCGGCAUCCAUCCCAUGAACAAUAUCAGCGGUCUAGACAGGACUCGCAUGAUGACACCUUUUAUGGGGAUCAGCCCAAUUCCAGGCAGCGAACGAUUCCCUUACCCUUCCUUCCAUUGGGACCCAAUGAGGGAUCCGUUGAGAGAUCCUUACCGAGACUUGGAUAUCCACCGGAGAGACCCUUUGGGCAGAGAGUUUCUCCUGAGGAAUGACCCAUUGCACCGUCUUUCUGCACCGAGGUUAUAUGAUGCAGAGAGGUCGUUCAGGGACAGAGAGCCACAUGACUACAGUCACCAUCACCACCCACUUUCGGUCGACCCUCGCCGUGAGCAUGAGAGGGGGGCCCACCUGGACGAGAGAGAGAGGUUGCACAUGCUCAGAGAGGACUAUGAGCACGUACGGCUUCACUCUGUUCACCCUGCAGCUCUGGACGGCCAUUUGCCUCACCCUAGCUUAAUCACCCCAGGACUUCCAAGCAUGCACUAUCCCAGGGUCAGCCCUUCCUCAGGACUUCAGAAUGGGAUCCUCAAUAAAAGCCCCCCGACGGCGGCUCUAAGUGCCCCUCCCCCUCUCAUUUCGACUCUGGGACCUAGACCUAGCUCCCCGCGCAGGACUACCCCUUUGUCGUCAGAAAUGCGGGACAGACCACCCUCACACACACUCAAGGACAUAGAAGCACGAUAA